GGUGAAUAAAAACGUACAUAAAGACAUCAUAUUUAAUUUCAUUCAAGCAAAUGUACACACGCUUGCUUUUCACCACAAUGUGUCAACACAAGUGUGAGUUCUCCAUCUCUACUUUAAACAUACAUAUACAGUACAAAUUAGUAAUCAAAUAGAGGGACCAAAGUGGCAAAUAAAUCCUUCAUAAGACAAGGACUAAGCAGCUGAGUAACAAGAUGGAGCAUGAGUUUAGAAUAGCACUAAUAUAAGCCAUGGCACAACAGUAGGUUUGGGUUUUAAGAGGGUGCACAAGGUGGCAAAGAGGCGAGGUAUCAAACAAACUGUAUUCAAUAGUCCCUGACUAUAAGGGACUGAGUACUGAAAUAGUACUAGUACAUGCUUAUAUCCUUUAUCAGAUUCUUUCAGUUACUCCAAUCAGAUAUAUCUGGAUCAAAACCUCAUUAUCCAGGGAAGUCUGGUGGUGUAGUGAAUUUUUAAAGAAAAUUUAGUCUUGAUGAAAAAUAAGGUAAAUUCUCUUGAAGUCAGAGUUACAAAAAUGAACAUGCUAACACAGAUUUUUCUGAGGAGUAGCUCCUACAUGUCAACUUAUAAGAGCAAAAUGAAGAACCUCUACUUUCAAAGCUUUGAAACUUUGUUUUCCCUCUCAAUCUGUGACUCAGUGAUGACAUAAAAAAAAAACUAAAAUAAGCACAGAUACGAUUCAACACUUGCAAGACUUCAAAACGUUUUAUACCUAAACUGAAUCUAGACUCUUUUACUGAAUCUAUCACUCUGUUCUAUUUGGUUGUGAUUUUAAUACAGGACAGUUUUCAUUUAGUGUUCAUUUUUGUGUUUCUUUUUCCACUUCAGUAUAAAGUUAUCUCUUCAUCGACUUUGUGGCUCAAACACGACAAAGCUGACACAGUUGCAGCUGAGUCUGUGAUUGUCAGGCUAUCAUACUUCUCUGUGCAAACUUUAAAGCAAGUAAAGCUGUGAUUUAUCUGCAGCUGUAGUUUUACUGACCGUGGUCCAGACUCAGUCUGGUUUCAGUGUCACAGCUGAGCAAUCUAAGGCCUCCAAAAACUACCAUGUUUCCUUGAACGAUCCUAAACCAUCUCCUCCAGCUCUUGUAUAGUGUGACUUGUUAAGCAACGCAAUACCCCUGAGCUGUCCUUUAUUUACUUCAUAAAAAUAUACAUUUAAUGUUUUCUUAAUAAUAAUCCUUAUUCAUUCUUGUCAAAGGCCAUCAUAAAAUAAUGUAUACACAUCAAUGGACCUCCAAAACAACCGCUGCUGCAUGAUAUCGUCCUGUAGGAGGGGCUUAUGGGAAUUUAGCAUUUAAGCCGUUUGGGAAUCUGAGUCACAAGCAGGUUGUUGUUCACUGGCAUGACGGCUGGAAGCACAAGAGGUCCAGACAGCCUCAUUGAGGGCAGAAAUGCAGACAAAACAACAUGACUGUAAACGUUUAGAAGGGUCCCAACUUAAACAAUAGUUGGCACAUAAAGUAUCUCUUUGAAUCCGGUCACUAGUGCAAUUUUAGUACACAAGAAGUUAUUUUGUACAUGAGCAGUCUCUGAUGCAGGGCUGACAGAGGAUAUAAGAACUGUGUCUCUGCCGGUGGACAUGCAGAGGGUGUCACUGUUGAAAACGACCAGAAGGACUGAAAAAGCUGAGACCGAAAGGUGUCUCAGUCUAUUUUCCCCAUUUUGGCGAUCAGCUCAUCACAGAUCUUUGUGAGUUCUUCAAUCUCUUGAUUCUGUGACAGUGAAACAACAUCGGACAAAAAGGAGAUUAAAUACAUUUUCAAUUGACGGGUACUUCUGUAUGUCAACGUUUAAAGUCGAGCGAGCAUAAAAGGAAAAAAAUGAAGAUACCUUCUGUGACAGAGAUUGUUCCAGGGACUCAUUCUUCAUUUGUUCCUUCCUCAGACUGGCAGUCAGCGCCAUGUUUUCUGAGCUCGCCUUUCCACGCACUUGAGCAAUCUCCUCAUUGGCUCUACAAGAAAUGAGGAAUGAAUAAAAUCAACAAACGUUUUACACAAAGUAUGAUCCUGUAUACAUUUUAAAUUCAACUAGACAAAUAAAUGAUGUUUUCUUUUAAUGACCACAUACUUGUCUAGUUUCUCCUCAGCAUGUAUUUUCAGUGUCUGGUAUCUUUGCUCCUCCUGCUUGACUCUGGCCAGAUACUCCUGAGCACAUUUCUUCAGCACCUCUUCAUUCUAUUGGAGAAAAGAAAAACUCUUUUGUUAUUUAAGGUAAUUUUUGCUUCUAAAUAGAGUGAGCUUUUUCUAAUCUUUAAUUCUUGAUACAGCGCUAAUGUUCUCCUGGCAGCUUCCAGUUUAACUACCACAGGGUUCUCUCUGUACAUAAGCAGGAGCUGUAAAACAGAUGCAGGUCGACCAGGGGUCAAGAUUUACAGGUGAAAUGGCUUUCAUGGAGUGUUUUUCUGCAGUUUCUAAUCAGUAAAUAAUUACAUCCGUCAGUCAAUGUAUGAGACAUUAAUAACAAUAUUAAUCUUACUUAUAUAGCACUUUCCAAAAACAAGCUACAAAGGGCUUAACAGUCAAAAACAGCUCACCCACUCUCUUCCAGCAGCUGCUUGUUUAUAGGAGAGCUCGGACGAGUCCAUCACUGACUGCAGCGGGGUGCAUGUUCUUCCUUAAGCUUCUUUCUUCCUUGAGCUGCAUCACCCCGCUGUUGUCGAUGGACUCAUUCGAGCUCUCCUAUAAACAAGCAGCUGCUGGAAGAGAGUGGGUGAGUUGUGUUUAGUCUCUUUGCUAAAGAAAUCAGGCAAAGCUAAAAAGAUGUGUGGUGGCUAGUGCUUUUGCUUUUUGGCUGAGGUUUGCGUGUGGAGAGGUUGACCGCUGUGUAUUGCAUUCGUUGGUAUAACUAAUGAGUGGCUCCUAGCAACCAACUGCAGUGUUUGCUCCACAAGGAGGCAGCGCGAGGCUGGAGAGGAGGCUGCCACGCACAAAAAAAAUGUUUGAGAAUUUCCGAGUUUGGGAUCAAUUAAGUUUGUCUGUCUGUCUGUCUGUCUGUCUAUCUAUCUAUCUAGAGAAGCAAGGGAGUGUCUAACUCGGUGUUACGGUGUGUUUGACCAUAACACAAUUUUACACCGGAAUAUCCCUUUAACUGCUGCAGUUAUAAAAGACAUGUACAAACAAACAAGGUUAAUAAAAAUUUCAAUUCUCGAUGUCUGCAUGACAUAAUUCAAUAUGCAUCAGUGGUGCCAGGUUUAAAAGGAGCAUAAAGUAGGGUGUCAUCUGCAUAGCAGUGAAAGUCUAUACCUUACCUAUGCAGGAUUUACCCCAAAAGAUGCAUGUGCGCAGUGAAUAAGAGGGGCCCCCAAGAUAGACCCGUGGGGGACCACUUGUGAGAGAGAAGCAAAUGGGAAGCAGCAUUUCCUAGCACGAAAGAUCACUGCCUAUUCUACCAGUUCAGUGCUAGAUCACUAAUAUCUGUUACUUUGAUAUAAAUUCUGCUGACCUCAGCCCCUAAUCACAGGAUACCUUGACCGCAUUGUGACCCUGAUACGCUUACAGCUGACAGUUGAUUCUACCAUCAGCUAAAUCUGAGAAUUUUCAGGAAAUUAAUUUGCUUGAUAUCUCCUUACUUUCUUAAAGCCCUCCAGGGUGCUCUUCAUAUUUUCAUAUCUCCGAAACACAUCGGAGAGAGAGCGCUCCACUGAGUUCAGGUCUGCAAGAGCAGCUUCCUUCUCUGCUGUCAUGGCCUGCAAAGCCUUCUGGGAGUUCAGGUUGCUGCGCUGUUCAUCCUCUAAAAGGAAAAAAAAAACAGUUAUUGAGUUGUAAACAAUUCUUAUCUUGUAUUUAGUUUGGUAAAAAUGAUGGCAUGAAAUAUUACAUCUGCAACAUUAAGAAAAAAGUCUUCAGAGAUUAUGAUAGGGCAAAAAGUUGAGCUUCAAGGUACUCAGAUAUAAGGAACUUCAUCUUCAUCAAUACUACUCACCAAUCAUCUGAGCAAUCGUCUUUUCAUAUUCUGCUACAAUUUUCCUGUAAUCAAACGAAACACUUGGUCAAUCCUAACCAACUUUACUAGAGGGUUUUUAAGAAGACAUUUCUAUCCAUGCGUUUAAGUUUCUUUUACAGUCCCAACACUUAAACAGAAAAAGCAGCAAAUGUAUGACUUUGACGCCUGUGUUCUUAAACUGGCCACGCCCAAAUCAAUACUGAAUGAUCAGGUUAUUCAUAAUUAUGGCAGAUUAAUUAUAGAUAUAACAUGUUUGCUGACCUCAUCUCAGUGACCUCUUGUCUGCUGCUGUCAUACUUUUUCUUCCAGUCGUUGGCCUCCACCUCCUUGGUAAUGAUCUAAAGGUGGAGAUGACCGUGAUGAACAGAAGUCAGAGAAAACCCAUUGAAGUGAAAACAAACAAACUGAUGAUAUUUCUUAUUCUGGCUUCCAGUGAUGUGUGUCUGUACCUCCUCUUUAAUGAGUGUGAGAACAGCCUGUUUUUCUGCCUCACUGAUGCAGAUGGAGUCCAGAACCUGACUUCCUGUUUUCUCCAUUUCACUUCCCCCCGACUGGUUCUUCAGCUUGCAUGGGUCCUCAGACUACAGAGGACGGAAAAUAUGUUAUUUUAAUCUACACCUUUUAAACACAUUCAGUGGUAUAACUGAGAUAAGGCUAAGAUAUUUUUCACAGAUUUUCAUGGGCAUUGGAGGAAAAGGAGAUUCCCAGCAGGACUGACAACCAUUGACUUUAAACUCGACCAAACACACAGAAAAAUGAACUCCACUUCUUUUUUUCAAUUUGAUUUCAAACCCCAUAAAAAGACACCAAUUUUACCAAAAGUCUUAAUGUUUGGGUAGUUUAUCCCAAUGCGGCUAUGAAAGACUGACACACCAUACUUAUAGAGGAAGACUAUUCUGCACUGAAAAGUAAACAUACUAAAAUUCUCUCCCUCUGGCUCUGUUUUCCUUCUCUUUCCCUCCCUCUAAUCUACUGUGUUUGGGGUUAUUUAUAAAUUAAGAUUAUGCUUAAAUCUCAAUCAAUCCUGUACUCCACCCAGUCUCUCUCUCUCUUUCUCUGUUCACUGCUCUUUCUAUGGAUUAUGACGGUCAUAUUCUUAUCUCCUGAAGCUAAUCUAAAUCCCUCUGUCAUUUGAGAACAUUAAUAAGCCUGCAGACACCACCUGCCGCCCUGUAGAACAGGACAGCCAUCAUGUCACGCUGGCUAUUAUAUACAGCAGCUUUAGUUACAGUGCAGCUGGCUUCUAACUAAACCAAUCACUGGUCUAUGACAGACUACAAUGAUUACCGUGUAAAUUAAUCCAACAAAUCAAAAAAGCACAUGAGCACAAAGAUGAACAAAUGAGCCAAAUAGAUCAUUUACAAGUGAAAUGUAAAAACAAAAGUAAGUUUAUACUUGUCAGGUCUGUUUUCCCUCUCUAAUGACAGAGAACAGAGUGAUGAAUAUCAGUGCUUUGUCCCCACCUAGUGGUUAAUGUUGGCAUUGAUCAUAAUAAAACUUUUAUUGUUUUAAUAAGGAAAAUUAAACUUCAGGGAGGACAUGUAGUAUAUGGAUGCACAACUUUCAAAACAGACUGAAAGAUUAGAUUGCGUUGUUUACUCACCGCAGAGCAGCAGUCUGAGUCCUCUGCUUUUGAUACCGCAUGGCAGCCUGAAUCAUAGAAAAGCAAUAAAUGUCUUUAAAUGAUGCACAUGGGAAGUAAUAUUUAUCAUUUUCAUCCAAAAGUAUUUUUCUUUUAACAUACUACUCAUUUGAAAUCACUUAAAGUCAUAAACUUAUGAAGAAAUCAGAAUCAAGUGGUGAAAUGAAAGGUCUAAAGUAUCUUUUUAAUGUAAUAUUUCUACACAAUUCAUUGUUUUACAAGUUUUUUUUCCCAGUAUUUAUGACUCAGGGAGCAUACAUUAGAAUAAGAAUAACUCCAUUAAUCCCAGAGUGGAAAUUCAAUCAUCUGUCAUCUCAUUUGUCAUGUCUCUAAAAGUUAUCUACUAUUUACAGAGGAGUUGUAAAGUUUGAUGGCUGUGGGUACAAAAGAUCUUCUGAAUCUUUCUGUCCUACAGCCAAGAGGGAGGAGCCAUCCACCAUCAUUGGCCCUUUGGUCCAUUAAGGUAUUAUGGAGUGGGUGGUCUAUGUUCUUUAGAAUUUAUAAUGUCUUAUUAUGACAAUUUACAAAUUUCUGUGCGUUUUUGUCUGUUUGUUUUCAAAUGUAAACAAUCAUCCGAUUUCUACACUUUGCUGCGUUUCCUUUGUUGAAAAAUUAUUCAUGGUUUAAAAAUAUCAUGAUGCCUUCAGGAACGAUGACCCUGCAGGCUGCUGAGCUUAAUUCAGUGAUUCAGACAGUAACUGAAGCUGUGUCACAUGCAGCCUGAAGGCGACUGUGAGCCGAGCUGCUUUGGUAUAAACAAACAUUCAAACAAACACACUGGACCCAGAUGAAUGUGAAAAUACUGCAUGAAGUUAAUAAUUACUGUUGUGCUUGUAGGGCGGCACAACAGGCCCUCUGUCCAGUAUUGAUGGAGGUUAGUUUAAACAUGAUGUCAGAACUUUGGCAUCCAGUUAUUUCAACUCUGUACACCAGAGUCACACUUUAGACAGAUAAAUCAUUGAUUAAUAUCUAUGUCAGUCUGUGCCCUCAAGCAUGCAGAUAUGAGAAAAACAUUAAAAUCAAUAUUCAUUGAUAUUUUUACUCACAGCUUUCGUCCUUGUCUGGUUUGACGCUCACACUGCUCGCCAACUUCUCCUCAUCUGUGGCGUGGCCUCCAUGAUGCUCAUCCUUAACAGCAGGUGGAAUAAACACAACUGAUUUAAGUUUUUUUUUCUCAUGACAUUACCACAUGAGACCAAUGAGCUGAAAACACACUAAAAACAACUAACCUGUCCACUGAGAUCCUUUUGCAUGAGCUGGUUUGGCUGCACUUUACAGGAGUUCCUGAGAAAGGUCAAUAACAACAUCAGUGUCAACAGUAAUCAGAUCAAUAUGGGUCUGGUUCUGGUAAUACUGGCUGGAGUAAUGAUGAAAGGCAAAAGCAGGAGCCUGACAGUCACACCUCAUUGCUCUGCUGUGUGUUUUGCAUGCUCUGCUUAAAGUGCAGAAUCACACAUAAAAGGAAAAAUACAGAGAAGAUGAAGCAGGUUACAGAAAAAAAAUAAAUACUGAUGCCAAAUUAUAACAGGAACAACUAUGGUUGCACAUUGAAUUGAUAUGAAUUGCAGUGUUUUAAUUAAAGCCUCUCUAUGCUGUAGGAUACACUACUCCUCCUCCUUCACUUUUUAUAAAUUGAGGUCAAAUGAAUAUUGCAUUAGGCUGUGGAGUCAUCCUAGACUUUGGUUUGUUUAAGAGAAGCAAGGACUGAAGCUCUACACACCCAAGGCCACACAGUACUUACAACAGAACACAGAGGAAAUGGACUUGCUCAGCAGUCCUGAUGCCACACAGAAAGAAGGGAAACACAAUGACAGGUUUGGAAGGAACGGGAAGGGACAGACACAGGAAAGGAUGGAACAGGGUUUAAAUUUAACACAAAGUGAGAGCAGAGUUAUUUAAGUGCAGUGAAUAAAAAUCAAGACUGAGAGCAGACAUGGGAGAGUUUUAGGUCGUCAGGAAAAAUAAGACGGUUGAGAAUAAAAUAGUGAAACCUGAGAAAAAUUAAAAGGAGACAAAGCAUCCAUACAAGAUAAAAUAUAUUAAUUUUUAAAAUGAUUCUAGUCAAAAAAACGUUUGUUUUAGAUGACUAUCUGAAACACUCCUGGUUGUUGAGGCCAAGUAUUCCUCCUCCUCUCUUCUUACUUGGCAAACGCAACAACAAAGAACUAAUUUUAGCAACAAAUUAUUUAAAAGAAGUUUAAAAAUCCUAACCCAGGUCACCGGUUUGGUCUGGGGGUUGAAUUGCACACCCCAUUUAUGUACAGAGGCUUUUUCAACCUGCAGUCCUUCACUGCAUGUUAUCAGCUACUCUUUCCCAAUUUCCUCUCUUUUUCCCUGUCCUAACGUCUCUCAAUAAAGGCAGUAAAGCCCAAAAUAAACUGUGAAAGACUUUGUCCUUUUUCACUACAUGAACUCAUUCUAUGAAAAUGCAAACCAGACCCCUUUUGAGUGAAAACUUAAAAUUAAAGAAACCACAAGAGGGCACUGUUUGACCACAUGACUACUCUACACUCAAGUGAAAAAAAAACAAAAACAAAACCUACCCUAAAUUGGGUAAUUAAAGAAAUGUGACUGAAAACGAGAAAUUAAAGUAGAAGUAAGUUUAAGUGAGAGUUUAAUGAGAGUAAAACUCUUAAAAAAACAGGAUAACAAUGAUGAGGGAUGGAUGGACUAUUAACAGCCAUUAGAAGACACACUAAAGGCGUUAGCUGUCUCUUAAGUUGUACUUACGUGAUUAUUGGGCUGUGUUUUGUGUUUGAAUUCAUGUUGCCAUUAAGCAAAUCAGUGUCCACACAAACACCAUUAAUGGGGAUCAAGUUGGAGUCAGGGCUGGAGUCAGACGUCACUGGAGCCUCAUCGUCCACCUCUGAAGGGUCCGGCUUGUUGAGUGGGGAGAGGACAGACAGAGACGGAGGCCGCAGGACUUGAGGCUGGGGGGAUUGGGAGAAACCUUCGCCGGGACUUGAUUUGUUGCUGAGGGUGAGGUUGAGAUUCUGAUCCAAACCAAAGCUGCCGCCAUUUUGCGAGGAGCCGGCGAGGUUGUUUAAGGAAUCAACAUCCUGGGUAGAGACUGUGCCAAAAUUCUGGUUGGAGUUCUUGUCGAGGAAAUGGUUUGUAACAUCAGAUGGAACUGUGAAAAAGGAAGAAAAAUAAGUGAAUAUCAAACUCAGCUGUUCACAAUCUAGUUUCCAGUGAAAGGUGUCAUAGUAAACAAAUGUUUAAAUGAUCUUCUCUGACAUUUACAACUGAAAGUACAGUUAAUCUUCAUGCAGGCAGAGACAACAGAGACUGGUUGUAGACUAAAUACUGUGUCAUCACCUGUGAAUCUGAUAUAGCCAAACUGUUAGCAAACAGUUGCUUAUCGUACUGUUGGUGAGCGUGCAUGUCUCUUGGCUGUUUUUUUGUGCUGACCAGGUAGCAAUGACCCAAAAGUUUCCAUAGAGAGCCUUUAGCUUCUGAGAAAGCGUAACAAGAGUGGUAAGAGUGAUCUGGAAAAGUUUAGGAGCUGGCUUGGCUUCAAAUUUGCUCUUGAAGCUUUGGAAAGUUGUCAAGAGAUUUAGAUUAGGGUAUAAUAUCCAGAGAGCUCCUUUGUAAAAGACCCCAUAAGGCCUGGGCUUCUCAUUGUUGUAGCAGGAAGUAUAUUCCAGGGAAUAAAAGAAUAGGACCCAGGGGAGAACCCAGAGGUACACCACAAUACAGAGUUUUAGAUGCAAAGUAACACACAGAAAUUCUCAUAAGAAAGUGAGUGAGGAGCAGAUCUUCUGCUUCGGCCAUACUUCCUCAAGUGUCACUGCCUUGAUAAAAAAGAAACUUAACAUCCUCCAUCCUGCUGCUUCUUAAUGAUUUUAUCAUUCAUUCAGGGAUUUUAACUUGAUGUGAUGGCCUCUACACCCCUCUGUUAAAACACUUAAAAUGGCUGCUGGCUUCCUCUCUGAGCACUUCACAUCCUGUGUCCUCAUAUAUCCCGUUAACCACUUGCUGACGACCACAGCAGCAAGCUGCUCUCUGUUGAGUCACACUGCUGCUAAAACACAAGACUCUCUGUUCCUGAAAAACACACCCACACACACUGUAAAAGUCACACAGCUACAUACAAUAAUAAAACUGAAAUAACCCCCACCUUCCUGAAUUUCCUCUCAAUGUGCACACAACAUGAAUGAAGCCUUUGUAGUUUCAGCUCAGGUGGAUAACAGCCUCUCACAUCAUUUGUCAUGAGCGGUGGCGAGAGUGUGAUUUGCAACAUCACACGUACAGUGGAUUCAAGUUUAUGCAAGCUUCUGCUCGAAAUCUGGGUACUUUCAGACACAAAUACACCCUUCGAAGACGAGGAACAGAUGCCGAGCAACCACACCCAAUCAUACGGGGCACACACCACCACGUGGCCUAGCAACAAAAACAACAACAGGCUUUAUGGCAGUUUCACAACUCGAAAGAAAGGAGGAAAAGAGGGCAAAAGGGAAGUGAAAGAGAAACAGGUGGAUGAGGUAGACAGACAGCUUUAAAAUGUGUCAGUCAGGGUCCAACUGUACAUACAGUUAAAUUGUAGCCUGUGGUGGUUCCCAUGACUUGACAGUGAUCCUCUGCUGAGAUAUUCGUCUCAUUAAAGCAAAACUGAAUCUCAGCUUCUCCACUCAGCUUAUCUUUUAUUUACGAAACUAACCCAGAUAUUUUUCACACCAUGUGACGCUUUUAGCAUGAAAAGGAGAUUGAUUGUCUGUGAUCUACAGUCAUGAAAAACCAUUUAUACCAGCACAGUGUCACAUGUGACAAUACAGGCAUGCACAGUCCAUGUCGUGAUCAAUUAGUUUUAGUGGAUAAACAGGAAGGAACACUGUUUACAAGUAUAAACAUAACGGUUGAUAUGAGAGCAUUUAUAAUAACACAGAUAACCCACUGGAAUUCAUUUCUUAUCAUCACUUUUGUUUCUGGGUAGCAAAGCAGUGGAAGAAAAGGGUCCAGGAUGGAGCUCUGAGCUUCAAACACCCAACACUCAUAUAUAAACCACUGAUCAGCCUACUUACAAGUCUGUGCCUAACAGGCAACAGCUCAUUUACAUUUCUGAUAACUCACACAGAGUCAGAAAAGGUUCCAGUAAACAGAUCCAAGAUUGCCAGUAUACUCAUUAUUUACUUAUAAUGAUGCAGACGCUGCAUUACACACACCAAAUACAUCUCACCACUUAAAGUAGCAGGGUUCCUACACAGUCAGAAUUUACAUACUUUUCCAUACCCUACUUUUAAGAAUUAUUUUAGGAAAUACCUACUUUUCCAUUUUAGAAAACUGUAUUUUUUUUCUGUAGGUUUUUAGUCUGGAAACCUAAAUAUUUUUCCAUACUUUUUUUUAUUUACCAUACUUUUUAAGACCUAGAAAUUAAUCAAAUUACUUCCAUACUUUUCCAUACUUACAUAGAGUCAUUUAAAGGAUUAUUGUAAAACUUGCUGUCCGUAUCCGUAGGAACAAAAUAACAAAAACUAUUUCUUGCACUGAGCUUAAACACAAGAUACUCUAUUAUCUGGUCAAAUUCAAACCAAAAUCAUGUUCAGACUGAUUUUAAAAGAUUGUAAAAGUAAUGGCCGCAUUCAAUUACUCAGAAAUCAACUGGCAUUUGAGUAAAACUGCUUCAAAAUGGACCUUAACAAAUGACAGGGUUUUUCCCUUGAGAUAAAUCAAUGUCAAUGUUCACUUCAACAAACAGCGUCACUUAUCUACAAAUCAUGUGUACCCUAUAGGUAAUUGGGUGAGCUGUGCCGGGGGGUGAUAAUGGAGAGAUACCGUGAAAAAUAGUUACUUAAAAGUAGGACGAGUUAACCAACAACUGAGGCAGAGAUAUUGUUUUCUUUUCAGGAAACAGUUAUGAAUGAAACAGGGACAUUCACAGCUGUCAAACAGGCAGGAAAUAUGGAGUCCCAAAGUGUUAUCGUGUGAGUGUGUUUCAGAAAAUCAGGACGAGAAUGAAUGAAAAGAUCUAUUCAAAUAAAAUAUGUGAAGCUGUUUGACCUCACUCUGCUGAUCCUGGAUCAUGUUUGAACUGAACUUUUUAUUGUGUUACCAGGUGAGGGAUAAGACACUAUUCUGAAACAUUCAUGAGGAAAGCAAUGUAAGAGACCACUGACCUGUUUGAUUGGAGUUGUCCAGUUGGCUCAGUAGCUUCAAAACACCAGGAGACUCAGCCUCUGGAGUCUCAAAGGUCCCCUCUGAGUCUGAACUGUGGAGAGAAAUAAAGAGAAAGAUCUGAAUAAAAUAUCAUGUGGUCAAGUUACAACUGCAUGUUUGGCAGGCUGUCAUGACCUAAAAUGUCUGGGUUGGUUGAAUUCACUUAGCAGACGACCAUCUUUGUGACUAGAGAGGCUUUGAAAAUGUUCAAAAAUGAUUAUAUAUUUCAAUAAAGGCGGUGGCUGUUUGUUUCAUUCGAACAAACAGGCCUCGACUUUCCAACAUCAAUCUCUUGUUUUCUUGAAGCGAACAAAAGAGUUCAAAGCUGCACAAAGUAAACAAGCUGCUUCUUUUACAAAGGAAGUCAGAGGAGGGGAGAGGAGAGGAAGUGGAGUCCUACAAGGCCACCUGCAUCCUUUACCCCUUAAAUAGAACCCACUGAAAUGGGCCAGACACAUUCAGCCGCACAGGCACACACACACACACACACACACACAUAAACACAGUCUUUUGGUCUGCUGUGUCAGCUGCUUAGACAGCCAGCCCAAAUUUAUUUCCAAACAGUGGAGAAACAAAAAGGAAAAGAGAGACAGGGAGAGUGAGAGUUGAUGUGGUUUUGUGUGUGCAUCUGUGUCUGUGUGUACACCCGUUCCCAGGCUCUUGAACGCACAUCAAAACGUCCGCACUCUAAUGAAAAGCAGCACACAAGGAGCGAAGCUUUCAGUGCCAACACCCGACCACACUCCAUCUCUGAUACCGGCUCUCACAAAUGCUUUCACACACUCUGCAGCUCUCUAUACAACCCCACCACACAGUGCUAAUCCUAAUAUACAUAACCCACCCCCACCCCUUCACACACACACUCAAACACACACACACACACACACACACACAUAGACACUGAAUCACAUCCCAGUGAUGGCCCCAACGGCUGCUGCGAUCCUGGAUGGUUACUAAGAAACUAAAAAUGGACAGCAAAAGAGUCAAAAGCUCUGGAAACUGUGGCUUUCUCCCUUCCCCCCCCAACUUCAGCAACUGUUCCCCAACUGCCAAAAGAUCCUUCUCACACACUUUCACAUACAUACUCAUAAAAUCAGGCCUGAACACUCAGUUCAUCUUAGUUUGUAGUCAGACAAGGAAACAGAGAGUGAAGCAAACACAAAGCAGGGAUUUACAAAAAGUGUCCGUAUUUCGACUGAGUGUGCGAAUCUGUUUUUAGACAUAGAUAAAAAUAUAUUAUAUAAUAUCACAGCAUCAGUUGGUUGGUUUGUGUGUGUGUGUGUGUGUGUGCAUCAGCCACCUGUCAGUAUGACUCAGGAGAGUCUUCACACAAACACCCACAUGUAAACACAACCGAUCUAGUGCUGUAUAAACUACAGUGAAUACAGAAAACUGCUCUCUACUCUCCAGAUGUCUUUCUUUUUUUAUAUACGCCAGCUACAAACACGCCAUUAACCUCCCUCUCUUUACACGCAAACAUAGGCGCAAACACUCUGUGGCCUUGCUCUCUUACAUGUCCUCUCCAUCAUCCUUGGAUCCUUGCUGCCCCUCGUCGUUCACCCCAUUCCCAGUCACUGCAGACCAUGUCCAUUUGGCCCACUGGACUGGAGACAACCAGGACAUCUCUGCACCACGUCGAGUCCCCCGAGAUGUGCUAAUGAACUUCCUCCCUCUUCGUCUUCUUAGUACAGAAAGUCACGGUUGUCGAUCAGUAUGCUUGUUUCCUUAACUGUGAAGAGAGUCUCCUAAAAAAAAUAGUUGUGGAUGAUUGAUUUGUCUCCCCUCUUUUCUCUCCUGACGUCUCACUCGGCCUCUGUGUGUCCUUCUCCGUAUGGCGUCCUCACUUCCUCCUCAGCGCUGUCAUCCUGCUCCUCUUCGCUGUUGAUACUCGUGAAAGAGAAACGUGCCUCACGCUGCUGCUGCUGCUGUUUCUGUUUCUGUUGCUGCUUUGCUUUGCUCUCCACCGCGCUGACUCACACAGUGCAGUCUACCGGAGCAUCAGUAGUCACUCCUCUCUCCCCUCCCCUCUUCCUCCCUCCCUUCCUCUUUUUUUCUGUCUGGCUGGACGAUCAGCUGGUUCACAGACAUCAGUUCUGCUCCGCUCCUGCGUGUUUGUGGACUCACUCUCUGGAGUUAACCUCUCCCCUCCCUGAUUCUUUCAGACUGUGUCGACUGUGUAGGGGGAAAAGGAGGGGGAAGAGAGGAGAGGCUGUGCUUCCUGUUUUAAGAGCAGAGAAGCAUCUGGUUACUCUAGGACAGACAGACUACCAAACACAUGUGUCUGUAAAAAAAAAAGGAGGAGUAGAGUACAAAAAGAAAGGGAGUAACCUGAGGGCAGCAGUCGAACGUUACAGUAGAAGACCUGAUCCACAUUGGAGCUUCACUGGAUUCACUUUAGAGCAAACUCCUCAGUUGGGAAGUUUAUCCGUCUGAUCGAGAUCAUCACACAAAAAUCAAUGACUAUUCCUCCUAAAACUUUAAGUUGAAUGACACAUUUUUAGGUAAAAGCCAUCCUUGAGUUGUGCUGUUUUUAAGCAGACUUCUUUCUACUAUUCUUUAAUAGGAGAUCACAGGAGAUCUGAAUAUAAAUAAACAGACGUGUGGGUUUGGGCAGCCCAGGAUGAGAAAUCUGAGUUGUUAAUGGUUUGUUUACUUGGCAGCUCCUAGCAGAAGCUGUGAAGAACUGUGAUUUUGACACAAAACAAACUGAAACAUGCUUUCUCUGAAAGUAUGAAAGGAGACAAGAGCUUUAUAUAUAUUGUUAACAAGGACUUUAAAAGUACAUUGAAUAGGUGCAAAGAACCACACAGACAGAUAACAUCUGAACUUAAAUUUAGCCGUUAAUUCCAGGAUGUGUGACCAGACCUACAGAGGGACUAUUGUUUAGCUUAAACAAAGAGGCCAGGCAGCAAACCAAUCAAUAUAGAAAACCUAGAUUUAGUAGAAAUGGGGCAAAAACACAUCAGGCGGAUAUUAGAGUGGUGUGGAUGAAAGCUCUCGAUGCUGCGCACACACAUGUGCCACAAAGGCAGUAUGAUGGCUUAUGUAACUGUAAGUCCAGGCUUACCGUUCAUACAUCUCUCUCUCUUUCUCUCUCUCUCUCUCUCUCUAACCCACACAAAAACACAUUCACUCAGGCCACAUGAGAUGUGUCCUUUGAAAAAUACAUGCACGAAAGAUAAUCCAAUAUAGGAGGGAUGUUUGCACCACAGGAGUGAAUAAACUGGGAAAAGGACCAGGUAUCAGAGCAAUGGAGGCAGAGGCGCCGCUCUCCUUCAGAACUGUAAGCCGCCCUUCUUUCAGUUUAUUGCUCACACGUGGGAAAAUAACAAGGAUGAAAAGCAGAAGCUCAGCCCCUGAUCACACAGAGCUGCUCCUACACAGAGACAGGCAGGCAACGAGAUGAAAACAUGCACGAAUUAACACACUCAAAAAUAAGUCACACACUGGUGAACACACAGAAAGAGUCCCUGUUCAAUCUGUGAAAGCUGGCCUGAAGAAAUGGAGCACAUUAAUGGCUCAGCACAUGGAAAACAACAUAAAUUAAAAAUGGCUAAAAACAAAGAGCUGUGAGAGAAGGUAGAAAGAGCUAGUUUUGGGGCAGGACCGGUAUCUGAAAUACUCAUUUGUUUUUCUUGCACAUUCCUGACAUGGUCUCCUUUUCUUCUUUUGUUUCUUUAUUUAUCAGUGAGAACAGCUGAGAGGACAAACCUGUAUGUCUUGUAGAGGACAUGAUGUGCCCGGAGCUAACAAACCCCUGAAACCAUGCAGCACACUCAGUGCAAUGGACAUCCCGUGAUGCUCGAACAGUUAACCCCUUUCCACCUUUAACUUAUAAACUGGACUUGGCCUUGCCAUGCAAUAAUAAAAACAUGUUUUUAAUACUGAGACAGUGAGAACAGAACAGAAUAUCUCUGACUUUCUUCUUUGCAGAGAUGUAAAUAACAUGGAAGAAAAGGAGAAAGCAUCAGCACUUAUGUAACACCUUAAAGCCACAAAUAGCACACAGUGAAACAGUGGCAAACCCGCACAUUAACUACAACCACAUGUGAUCGAGAGCUGCCAUCUUGGCACACACAGACGAGUCCAUAUACACGCACAAAAUGAACCCGGCUGUUUUUUAUCAUGUUAGCAACAAUGGACAUCCUUAAUCAUCAAUUACAGUUUGACUGAUAGCAGCAUAUGAGGUUCAUGUGAGCUAAUAAUAAAUCAGCAGUGAUCAACAUGUGUGUUAGCCACAACAGAGCCGACGCGAUAGAGGAUGAGAUAACUAUGUGUGUGCUGACAGAGGGAAUAUGAGAAGCUUCUCAACUUUCACAGACUAUUUAUCUCUGCUUCCAAUCCCCUGCAUGAUGAGAGAAGGUUAAACAGCUAGACUGACAAUUAGUACAGCACCACCAUGAGGCCAACGUCUUCCUUGACUCAAACUCUACUCUACAUACCAAGUAUCUUGAAAAUAAAUGGUUGGGUUCAAAAUGGCAUUUUCUUUGAUUAUAUAUUGAAGUAUGCAUGUCUUUCAUGAUGGAUAGGCCAGACUAAAAUGCCACUGCAGCUACUACUGGGUGGAGUGCAAGUAUUUUUAUGUCCAUAUGGCUGGGAGGAUAAAUGUGAAGUGGGAAAGGAUCCACUAGGUUUUCCCCUUGCUACAUCAAAUAAUCAGCAAAACGUUUUGUUAGUAAAAAGGACUUUUGUUCUGUACCAUCAUCAGGAAAAUGUAUAAUCAGAAAAGUUAAGAUUCUGUCCUCACAGUCUUCCUCUCUGGUAGCAGCCUCACAGAAAUGUUUAUAUCUUUAAGCCCAGUACUGCUAGGAGGAAAUAUGACAGGAUAUAAUUUCAGAUUUCAUUCCCUCAGCCUAAUUUAAGACUUGGGUUGAUUUUCACGGAAAAGGGCAUUGUCUUGAAACAUUACGACUGAUAUAAGAAUGUAUGCACUCAGCAAAAAUGUCAUCAAACCUACAAUGCAGGAAACAUGUCAGUGCCAGUAUUUAUAAGUUAACUGCGCCCGGUCAUGUGUCUCAUGCUCAUUAGUUAUAGAGUUCACUUUAACAGCAAGAAGUGUUGAAUUUUGAUAGAAUAGAAUAGAUAAAAUAGAAACUCUGCAGAAAAUCCUUUUUUAAUCAUGCUGAUGUUAAUACUAAAGUAAUGAAAAUUUUCACCUUCUAGGCUACAAUAUUUAGAGGACAGCAUUACUAUUUGAUGUUUUUACUAUUGCCUUUUACAGUGUGUACUUUGAGUUCUGUUUUCUCAGAUGUAAAGCGCAUUAUAAAUAAAAUGUAUUAUUAUUAUAUUUUGUAUCUUCUUUUGCGUCAUUGAGGUUUUUGUGUUUAUGCUUAACAAACUUCUUCAGGUAAUGCCCUUUGCUUUAGAGAAUUCCUAAAGCAAGAGAAAGGUUGUGUUGUUGAUGUCAAGAGCAUUAAAAUAUCUUAUGAAAGGUUAGAGGUUUAGUUUAAGUUGUUACAGCUGUUGCUGUGAUGCUGGCUUGCUUUGUGUGAACAUGGUAACUUUGAAGAGUUUAUCAAGAUUUCAUGCGUCAUGUUAACAGGAGGACGUAAAAAAACACCAUUGCUGGCACGAUAAACAAAUAGUCUGUCUGUCUUCUGUGCAUGAAUAAUACAUGAUGGCAUCCAGUGCAAACAGUGUAAAGUAUAAAUAUUGCUUGGUCAUAUUAGCUUGUUUAAUGAUAGAGCUCCAUCUAGUGGUUGAACCUGGUCUUUCCACCAGACUUUUCAAAAGGAUAAAAUGAUAUUACAUAAAAACACAGCAGCACUGGUGACACAAGUCCAGGAUAAAAGAGCAGAGCAGAGCAAAAGCCCUGGGGGAUGAUAGGAUGGGUGAGAGACAGUCAUGGAGAUACAUAACAGGUCUGACGUCACCUUUUGGACCUUAAACAGAGCUGACAGUACCUCAGGUUUCACCAAGCACACACUGUACACUCAGGGGUAUAGGGGGAUGCCUGCUGUUAUCUUGAAUACAGCAGACCCACGGAGGAUAAUAUACUUCUGGGAAGCAUAGCCAUGAACCUCUGCAUCUUUAAUCGAGAACUCAAUUAGCUGCAAUGAGAGCGGGAAGCUUGCACGCAAUGAUCAGAGUAACUAGAUGGAGCCGAGGUACUCACUGUGACACAGUACAAGAGGAUAACUGAAGUGACAGAGGCAUUAUAAAACAAUAGGAGACAGAAUAAAGGGAACAAGAGAGAAAGAGGGAAGGGGUUUUACCCGAGAGGAGUCAUGUUCAGACACCAACAGAGCUAUUGUUGAUUUCUACAGGACACACACAAGUGCACACAAUUGCCAGACAAUAGUGCAUGUACAUUAUUUACACAUGCAUGCACAGAGGAGAGCACAACAAACCUCCAACUGUUCCACUUUCAUUUGCCUUCCCAUGCCUUAUAAAUCCACUUUAUUUUUCAUUCAAAAUGGCAUUCAGCCAUAAAACAUUUUCUUACAAACAUAAAUAGUAACUCUGUGACCACUUUACAUCAAACCUAGGUUGUAUUUCUAGCCAUGAACACAAGCAUAAUUCACGGUACGCCCAGUCUGCAGGGGUUUCUUAUACAUAAUUAAAUUGUAGGUUUUAAAAUUUUGUGCCAGUCAUUUAUUUAUGAAGUGGGUCUCACUAAAAAUAUGAGGACUUUUGGUACCUAUCCUGACCUGGAUUUGUACCACUACUCUAAAAAAUGAGCUUCAAUACAGGUCAGUCUCUUCCAAAAUGAGGAUCUGGAUGUUUUGUGAGCAGAAACCCUUAAAGACCGCUCCAGUUAGAACAUAAAACAGAUGAUAAAGCCAACUAAAAUUAAACCAGAAGCUGGAACAUGGGUUCCCAGGAUGCUGGUUGGCCUCCCAGCUCUCCCAGGACCCCAACCCCCACUGGUCUUAACACAAACACAGAUGAAGACUACAAUAUGCUGAGAGGAAAUGAUGAAAGCUCUCAGAUCCCUGCUUUUCUGUUACUUCUGAUGUCUCCCGAACAUUUCCGAAACAUCUGCUGAUUACACAGCUGCUCUGCUUCUCAUCUGAACAAAUACAGUUUCCGUUGACUUCAAUCGGUGAGCAAACAUGGUGAAAUUUAAGAAAUGAGUGAUCGAAUGAGGCUGAGUCUAGCCAUGUGACAGAAGAAAGUGUUUUUUUGCUACAAGGGGCUUACAGAGGCUUUCUAAAAUUGGAGAUUUAAAGCAUCGCUGGGACCAGCUGGGAGGACAAAGUAAAAGAGCUCACUCUAUGUCACAAAGGAUUAGAGGAAAAGAAAGAGGGAGCUUGGUGGUUAAGUGCUUUUCAGCUCUGAUGACUGCCUCAGCAACAGCGUCUCAUUCGCUCUCUGACAACAUGAUUGCUCCAGAUGAACAGCUGUACCUCAUAGAUCAGACGGUACUUUAAAGGCGUCAAAAGCACUGCAAGAACGAAACAUGAAGCUGAGACAGAAAUAACCUGUGCGGUUUGUACGAAUUUUAGAAUUAGGGUCACUGCUACAAAAUUCAUAGCUCACAGAAGCAUUUUAUUCUCUGCUAUCGUGACAAAAGCAGCUGUUAAAAUGUCAAUCCAAUAAAAGGGAGGCGUUAACCAGAGCAUGACCCGUCAGCUCAUGUCUAUUACAUACCCUCUCUACUAAAGGCAUCACUCCGUCUCCCUCCUCUUCCUUUUGAUUUGAAUACCAAAACAGCAUUCAAAACGGAUAGGCAGGGAAAGUCCUCGCCACUCUACAGGAAGCAUCAAGGUCUAACAACUGCCCUUCAACCCCUCAUCUCCUACUCCUCUCUGAUACAGAACCACUGAGUUUAUACACACAAGAUGACACAAUCUUAGGAGCGAAUGUGAUUGCUAUACUCAACCAGCGAGCAUCCAUUCAACCAUUUGACGGGAACUCUGCUUCUAUCUCAUUUGCUCAAGAUGACAUGACACAAAUACAAAACGCAUCUCUUCUUACAUGCUGCUCUUCUUUCCCGGAGAGCUGACAGAGCCCUUCCUGCUCUGGCUGAGGGAGCCCCCCAUGGCAACAGCGGAGUCUGUGUUUGUCUCAGGUUGAUCCCAGAUGCUCGGUCUGUCCGUGUCCUUCUUCCAGGGUUCACCUCUGCCUCUCCUCUCGACACUCCGGCUCAGUGUCGGAGCCCCUGAUAACACCACUUGUCAUCACCAACUUUGCUUUUAUUCGCCUUGUCUUUUCUCUGUCCACGUUCCCGUUGAUACUGUACAGUGUAAAUGCUCAUGAGAACUACGGAUCACAUAUGAAUAGCUUGGCUUACAGCCCCGCCUCCUCGCUCUACUUUCCCUCACCCCCUUAAAUCUCUCUCUCUCUCUCACACACACAAGAGGCAGAUUACACUCACUUGACAGCCAGUGCAUAGUCUUUGUGAGAGGAAGGAUAGUGAGGUAGAGGCUGUGUGUGGGGAGGUGGUCAAUGAUCAUUCAGCUCAAGGAGUUGGAAGGGGGGUAGACUAAGGAGUGUGUGAUGGGAGGUAUCUAGUUAGGGAUUUGUUGAAGUAUGAAAGGGAUCCUUCUAUUGUUUGUCGGCUGAAUGACGGGUCUGAGAUCCAGGGGGAGGGAUGGAGGGAGAGUUGGCGGCAUGAACACAGACUCACUUGUUGUGCCACAUUCCAGCUACCUGCUGUGGCCACUCCAGCAGCCUCCUGGAGCUUUUAACAUGACAAUUAACACAUACACAUUCACUUUUGGCUUGUUUGCAAACAUCAAAUCCUUCAUUUGGGGCAUUGUGACCCCUUACUUUGAAACUAACCUGAUAGUCAUACAUGAAAAAUCAGUCAAACAACAUCAUCUCAGUAAAUGAAGACUGAACAAAAAGGCUUAACAUGUGAAAAGCAACAAUAAUGGUGAUGGUUACAACAGCACAGCAGAGUAUUAGGCUUAUAAAAAAGAAGACCAUACCUUUAGUUUCAAGCCUGUCUCAUCCUAUUAGUCUCGGCUGCCAGAAUCAAAAUCGACUGGAGCCCUUGGUGGGUCAGGUGAUGGUGCCCAGCAGGGACAGGCCCGCCUUUCAGAACAAAUGAGAGGCUUUGGUCUGCUGCAUAACUUCCUCCCACUGAAAUGAAUCACAUGAGGCUCCAUAUAAAGGUCACAAAUGAGCCAAAUUUAAAGUGAGCACAAACAACAACAACAACACAGACGCACACGUUUUUGACUAAAGCUUCGUUCACUGGGACACGAUAUAACACCUCACCCUUUAUAGUAAACGGUACUCCACUAACUUGCAAGAUUGCUUGUGCGGUCAGUUUCGAAAACCUACAUGAAUUUUACAUUUAUUGCUCAUUUUUAAAAAUAAAUGCUUACUAUCCCGAUGAAAAAUACAGUAAAAACAUUGAAAGGAGACUUCGGUUCAACUUGCUUCAUCACGCUUUGUGAUGCUGUGUCGUCUUCACGUUUGUGCCUGUUCUCGCGAGAUCAUAGGAAUCGGUUAAGGCAGGGGUGUCAUAUUUAACCACAGCAAGGGCCGUAAUCUGGAUUUAGGUCUAACCUGAGGGCCAAACAGAGUUAACAUUUUACCAAAAUUGUCAACCUUCUUUAAAAAAAUAUUUUACAAAAACAGUAGUGAUUAUAAAAAAAAAUUGGAAAUUCAAAAAAGAUUAAAAAAAAAAAAAGUUUAAAGCCAAUCUAAGAUAGAAAAAAUUAUUUUAUUUUUUUAUUUAUUGGUUCAAAAGAUCACAUCAUAUUAAAAAUAGAAAAAUGCUUUUAAAGAGCAAAAUCAGGUAUAAAAGGUCAAAAUAUGACUUAAAUUUUAAAAUUGGAAUCUAAAGUAUAAAAACAAAAGUCUAAAUACUAAGUUGAACAGAAUCAAAGCAUGAAAUGAAAAAUCCAAUCAUGUUUGACUCAUAAUCUUGAAAUGCAAAAUUGAAAACAUGAAGUAAAACACCAAAUAUUUUUUCCCCUCACAUUCUUGAUUAUUUAUCAAAUCUUCCUUACUCUUUUAUUUCCCAGAUUUUCGUGGCUUAUUGAGGACAUUUUAAAUAAUGGUGCUAAGGUUUACAUUAUCAAACUGGAGGAAAUCUGCAGACUUCCUACUGGUGGGCCAAUAAUAAUACAAAUAUGAUAUGAUCUUGUGGGCCAGAUUUGGCCCCGGGCCUUGAGUUUGACACCUGUGGGUUAAGGUGACCUAUUUGAGAACCACUGAUGUAUUUUAGCAGAAGCAUUUAGGUUAACCAAGCACAUUUUGAUAGAACUUAAUAUGUUUUCUUUGGCACAGAUGGAGUCCUAUGCAAACAUUAAAAAAUCAUGAAGACAUUUACAUGUUCUCACAUUGAGACUGGGUACAAAAAAAACUUCACAAAAUAACAAAGCAAGUUUAUAAUGUUUUAUUAUGGCACACAUCAUGUAACCAUACUCAUAGGUUAUUCAAUGAGAGAGGAUAACAAUUGUGUAUUUGGUAACGUUUUAUUAUCGUGUGCGAAAGUGUGUUUAUAUUAUGCUGAGGAAGUGGAGUCAGGGAUCAUAGAGUCACGUGUUGCUGUUUGGACACAUAAAAAAAAUUGUCAUAACACGUGAUAGUGGUGAGGUUAAAGGAAUCACUAUUAUGACAACUAAGUAUUCAGUGCAUUUCUUGAUGGAGAAAAAACUUGCAUGAAUGUUUUACCCAGAGGGUUGAGAGGCAGAUCAUUCAGAAAUUGGUCAUUUAAAGCUGUAGUGAUGGCUGAGGUGCCCAGACAGUGCAUAACAUAUUGAUCAUAUCUAAAAUGAAACCACUCUAGCAUAAAGUCUCUCAACCACAUAGUCUGGUUGUUGAUACAAAACUGAAGAUUAAUUACGGUUAGGAGUUAGAAGAUUAUUUUGAUAUUUUUUAUAUUUUCUAUACAAAUAGACAGAUUUGCUUUGAAACAUAAAGUCCUACUAAUCCAUUGGCCAUGUGCUCAAUACUAAAUUCAUAUGAUUUCAAUGCCUCAACUCUCCACACACUAGUUCAAUAAAAACUGGACAUUUUUGGCCAUGAAUGGGAUCUGAGACAGAAAGUGUUGAGGAGCUUUGCAAAGAAUGGCAUGCAAUACAGAAAAAAAAAAAAAAACAGUCACCACGUCCUGCAAAAGGACAAAAGAAAAAACAUGAACUAUUUGGCCCUUUCAUUGUGUAAAAGUAGAGCUGUUUUAUGGGAAUCUAUCCAUGAUAGGAUAAGCCAUUUCUGGAAUAAACCAUCUCUGAAGAUAAAGAAGAAAAUGCUGUUUGGAGUUGCUGUAGGAUUCAUUUUGACAAAACUUAGAAAAAAAAAGCAGGGAGAAUAAGAUGGUAUAAGGGAGUGGCAUGGACCUCAGGGAGAGGAAGUUGAACUUAUCGUUCUGUAUAGCACUCUGCAUUGAGUACAUACUGUACUGGCAAACAUACGGCAAUACACACAUGCACACAACCAGCUUGUCAUUAUGAGUAAUGAAAUUUCUUUACUUCAUUUGUGUCAAAACCCUUCAUUAGAAUAGCUUGCAGCAUGUAUCAUAUAAACUUGUCUUCGAAUGAUUAUGUCAGUACAGGAAAAUACUACACCUGUUGAAUGAAAAAAAUGGGGUGACAAUGACAUCUAUGAUGCAUUGCACAAAUGUAGGAGUAGACAUGUUGGCUUUAAAGUGGCCUAAACGUUGUCAGUAAUGUCACAUAGCUGCCAGGAGGACUCAUAACACAGAACAUCAUCCUUCAUUUCCCUGAUGAGAGAGUAAACAUUUCACGGUAAAACUAAUAAACCAUCUGACUUUGUUGUUUGAGGUAAAUCUAUUUUUAGGCUGCAGAGGAACUCAUUUGGUUCAAAGUUUACCAGGUUUCAUGAGCAUGUCCUGCUAAAUACAUAUUUUUAGAUUUAUUUAUACUAAGUUCGAUACAAUAUAAGAUACUAAUGAAGUUUUAUUCUAGUACUUUUAAAUAUAUUCUUUUUGUAAAAUGCUGGCUGAGUUAUAUUUCCAUUAACAUGAUGUAACCUGAUAUGAUAAUAUUAUACUUUAUCCGACAUUAUACCUUUUUAAACAAUUACAGUGUUUCUUUCCUCCUGAUUAUGAUAAUCUAACAUAACUGAUCGGCAGCUAUAUGCAUAAUUUUCAGCAAGAGUUUGUGCAAAAAGUGCAAAGUAAAAUAAAGAUGACUGAAAAAAAAAAAAGUGCCAAAAGAAGUAUAACAGUGAGGUUUGGGUAAAUCUGACGCAAUGUUUGAGCAGAACCAAGAAGCCACUUUCAUCGCAAAACUUUCUGGUUGACUGACAUAUUUGAACCAAGAUCACCUGACUGCAGCCAAACAGUUUCAAUUGUGAGGUGAGUGGAGGGCGGGACAGUCAGCAACAGUAACACCCGUAUGAUAAGGCAUUCUGGAAGAGGACUGUGCAGCCUCGGGCUGUCAGUUCUCCUUUAUUUGACGACUUUCAGGUCACUGUCAUGUUUUAAACCGAGUCCACAGUCAAAGCAUUUCAUUACUGUUGUUGCUGUUCAAAGACCACACCGUGUUUGUCGUAGAUUUCCUUCAGCAGUAAGAGAGCUGUAUCCUCAGAUUCCCUUGUGGAAAAACAAAAUAUAACAACCUAAUUAAUUGGAGGAAAACUGGAGAGGCAAAACAAAUGCGCAAAGUAAUUUAAAGAGACAGGGUAUCAGUCACAUAAAACACAAAAGUACUUAAGUGCUGUAGGACAACCCCUCUACAGAUAUGCAUGACUCACCAAUAACACAGAUGAGACUGGAUGGCAAACAGGUACUCAUUGAAACUCUCAAUGGGUUUUUCCUGAAGUACAAAGUCGAUCCUUCGUCCCCCAUUCAACAUCCCCACUUUGAUCUCAGGCUGCUCUGCCUGCUCUGCCGACAACGAGGACUCUGCCUCCUCACACACUGGUGCUAGAAUGUAAGUAAAGAAAGAUGAAGAUGUACAGGCAGGUAAACGAUGACAAAAAUAACAAUAACAGUCGUAAACAUAACAAACUGUUUUGGUAAAUUAAAAACAGAAUUAACACACAGGGAAAAAACACAGUCGUUACUGUGGAGAGAACAGACAAGUGUGUAACCAAUCAUUAAGUUUACAGACUUUUUCCACAGGGAUUAAUGCUUUGUUAUUGUCUUGUAUAGUGAGAAAAAAAACAAUUGAAUGUAAGUGGCUGUAAUGUUGGUUGUGAUUUCAAGUCAAACUGCUGAUUUAUCAUGAUUUUGUUCACAGGAAGUUCUAGGCUCAUACACUUCCAAGAACUAUCCCAACAAAUCCACCCUCAUGCUGAUUUAUAUUCCGUGUGAUAAAGCAAAUAUCUUGUAAAUAAUCUACUACAUAUGUUGGAUCUUGCACCUCUAUGCUUGAUACAACAAAUCUGGGUUUUCAGGGAUGUUAUUAAAAAGUUAUGACUCAUCUUAAACUGGUAGUGAGAGUGAAGACAGAAAUGUUUUUUAUAAUUGAAACGUACAGUCUGUCCUCAAAGCAGCUUUAUUUCUUUUGAUCCAUCUAAUUAACAGAUAAGCUGCAGACAGGACAGGGCAGGACAUGUACUUGCAUGCAGCUACUGUAAGUGAUCUGCUACUGAUAAAUGACACAACAUGCUGGUUGAGGUCCAAAAAACUAAUCCUGAUUAAAAGAAAACAAAUGCAGUCACUACUAUGCUUGUUUGUUAAGCACCUGGGAGAGUGUCAUAACAGCAGUUACUCUUGUUUUUCUAAGCUUGACAGUCAGUGAAGUGGUUAACAAAAUCAGCCAAUCACAACUGACAGACAGCAAGGGGUGGGCAGGGCCUGAGGGAAGUGUCAGUUCAUUGAAUGUUUAGUUGAAGUGCAGAUGUACAGAGGGGUUAGUGCAGGUGGGGGGGGGAGGAGGAGCAGAGGAGUAGUGAAAGCCUGCAGCCAUAAUGUAAGACAUUAUAUAACACUUACUCUUUGUGAGGACACAAACUUGCCAAAGUAAGCCACAGAAAUAGAGUUCCAUUUUUUUUUAUUAGAAAAGGAGAAUGGAUCAAAUUUUGCCUCUAACCAUAAUUCUUUCUCAAAUUUGGAUCUUCCAAGUUACAUGAACAGGUUGAAUUAAAUAACUUCCGAUAGGCUUUUACUGAUAGGCAAGUUCACAGAGAAAACCCAAACGCAGGGCUUCUGAUCUAGUGAGAUGAGAAAGAAAUUAAUUCACUGUCUUUUUCUCACUUACUCUGAACGAGUGGCUAUCCUGGCUUACCUUGAAAGUAAUGCUUAUGAAGGGCCCUGGGCCACUCCAGUAUUUUAGUCCAAAAAUCAGCACUUUUCUCUUCCGUUUUAGCAGAAGCGGCGAGUGCUGCUGAGGCUGAGGUUUAAGGUAAAAGGGUAAGGGUUUGAGGAGGCAGGAGCAAAAAACAUAAAGAGAAGAAGAAGAAGGGAAGAGUGGCAGCAUGCAGAGAAGAAAGAGAGGAGUAUGAACACACUGGGUUAUACACACCCUUCUGCACUUUCACACAAAGUACAAAUACACAAAGGUAAACCAAAGUGCUUUUUCUACCGCGUGUUUCUUGAAGAUCUCUCUCCAUUGAAGUUUCUCCUUCUUCUACUGGGGGCAGCGCAGCAACUGGUAAUCUGGCGAAGGACUGCCAUGCCGUCCGAAGCGACCCCAAAACAUUGUUUUUCAAAUCCAUGCUCAUACGGGUCAAGCUAUCUUUGAGUUCUAUUCAGCAAACAGAGAAAGAAGAGGUCAUUAAGCCAAUCAAAGAAAAGCAAACGCACAGUUAAAGUUGAACAAUAAUACAUCAAGCCGUACCCAGAUGCAUCCUCUUGCGACCUUUAUGGUGAGGGAUCAGCAUGGGCUCCAGGUCCACAUCUCUCACAAUCAUGGGCUCUAUCCGAUAGGCCACAGGGUCGUACUAUUCAUUCAAUGAAGGAGUCAAGAUUAUUGUAGGGAACCUGUUUCAACAUUUAUGACUAUGUUUUUUUUAAUGUAUAUAUGUUUAUUGAUCGCCAGAAAUCUUGCUGUAUUGACUUAUAUUAAAACAUUCAUGUCUGACCUUUUAUUGCCUCAAAUUUACAGACUACAGUCAGAAAAUUCUGACUGUAGCAAAGGAAAGUCUCUGCUACCCCCUUUUUAGGAUGAUUGCCAGAUGUGAGCCGGCAUGUCAGAUGUGGUUAAUAUGUGAGCACUCACUGGGUGGUAGAUGUUGUAAAAGCUUUUGCAGGUGGGGAAGGUGUAGUUGGGAUCGAUGUGUUUCAACCCCCGGACUGUCAGGAACAUCCCAAUAGGAGAACCAAAAGCAAAAAAUGUCUGAGGUUGGAAAGCCAGCUGUGGGUAAUCUAUGGAAACCUGUGGAGAAAAAGGGCAGGAACAGAACACUCAAUUGAAAAAUAGUCAUGCCUUUACACUCCGUAUUUUUGAGGGCGUCAAAGAUAAUCAGACUUCUCCGGUGAAUAAGAAACAUGAAAAACUACAUUUUAAGAAAUGAGGCAACAGCCAGGGAGUAUGACAGCAGGAGGGAGCUGACCACUCAUGCAGGAUUGAAUGAGCACAGAGGAGUGUGGUGCUGGGUUGUGCGAUUUGAUGGGAUACGAUGGAAGUCUCUACCAUGGUACUUAUGUAGGAAUGUGCAUUAAAAUAAUCGCCUUAAAAGGAGUCCCCUUUAGGUGGUGCCUGACCAGCCUGGACUGUUCUUAAGAAAAACUUCUGGUAUGUUGAGAUAAGGACAAAGCCAGAGAGUAUGGGGACACCAUAUGAGACACACCUGUCCCUUGGCUAUGCCUCCAUUGGUCUGUCCAGGCAAGCGAGGGGGGAGAGAAGCAGGAAGGUGAUGCAUCAAAGCUUUUAGCUACACGAAUUCUCAAGCUAGAGUUUUUAUGCGUGUCCAAGCACAGUACCUGUCCAAUGCCCAUGUCAAAGUAUUCGUAGUCUACUGCACUGGUGAUGGACUGUGCCCUGUGGAACUGGGACUGCUGCGCUGUCACUCCUGAAGGCUGGUCACCAUCAGGACCACUGGGCCCUGGAGGUGGAUUUUGCAGCCCAGGUGCCAAACGAACUGCCCCUGUCCUGCAAUCCUGUUGAGAUCAGGGGAAUUAAAACAUAAGUGAAUUACUUCUGAAACUCUGUAAAUACUUAUGUUUCAAAACAUUUAAAGGGAUCCUAAGCACAAGAAAACUGAUCACAAAUUAAAUCAGCCUGUGUUGCACUUUCUUGAAAUAGCUCCAUCCCAUUUUUAAACUUAAGAACACUCAUGAAAACUUACUGCCAGCAUUAGAAAUACAUUUUAUAUCAGUGAUUAAAUCAGGUAUGUCAAUGCUAAGAACAAAACAGCCCUACUAAUUGUAGAUUGAUCAAACAGCAAAUUAAAGAGGUUUCAGGUGUUAUGUCUGACCUCUGGAAGCCAUUUCCUCUUGACAUAGUUCAGGAUCUUCUUGCGGGGUCCAAGAGGAAUCCCUAAAUCUUUGAGAUCACUGUCUUGGCAAAGGGCCUGCAGGAGGAAAAUCAAUUAUUUUAACUUCAUAUUUUACUUGACUGGCAUUUAAUUUGUGCGUGUGUGUGAGAGAGAGUGUGUGUGUGCGCUUAUGCUACCAGGGAAUCCAGGUCUAAGUUUUCCGCCUGUAGUGUAUUGAGGUACUGCUGGAGGUUCAGUCUGGUGAGAAUCUGUUCCAGUGUGACACAGUUAGGAUGGAAGGGCUCAUCAGAGGACAUCUGAAGCACAUGGAAGGACAGAGAGAGAAUUGGCCUUAAUAUAUUUACAUUUAGGGGGAUGUCCUCCCUCUUUUACCUGUACAGAAAAGUAUAUAUUGUCUUCUAAUAAGAAACCACCAUACCCCCUUGUUGAUUUCUGAUUCAGUUCUCUGAUUGGUCAGCAGAUCAAACAGGAUCAAGGAACCUAGAGAACAAAAGCAUUAAAAUUUAGCCUUUCAAUGACUUUGUUUUACUUUCAUGCUCUUCUGUCUGUGCAUAUCCUACCCAGGCUGUGGCCCACAACAGAAACUGCCCCACUGAACUCUGGGUGUCUCUGUUUGAAGAGGGUGUGAAGCUUAUUGAUCUCUGAGGCCACUGUGUCCACUAUGGUCUGGCAGUAAGUGGGGCUGUUAUAGAAAAAGAGGUCCAGCAGAGUGUCGUUGGUGAAAUGUCUCAGCCUGCUGAUGCUUGGUAGAGUAAUCCUCUGGAUGUCCCUGAUAGUGAUAAAAAAAGGGAGAAACAAAUGCAGGGAGGACAGUGUUUGUAACAAAGCACAGCAAGGGAACUCUAUUUUGGACUCAAUCUGUUGUUCCUACUCACUCGUCCACACCCGUGGCAUCCCCAUGUAGAGCACUGUGCCAGUUGACUGGUAAGAAUUCCACUCUCCCUACAACGCCAUCUUGCUGAGCACGCUUAUAAUGAGAGGCCAGGAGGGACAGGGAGGCGCUCCUGAAGUCAUUUACUAGAGAGGCAAAAAGAAAAUAUAUUGUUUAUGAACAUUUUACGUAGUAACUAUACAUGAAAACUCUCACUUACCACACUGUAUGAUGGAUCUGAAGCGCAAGUCACAUGCAGGGCCAAUGCCAUGGACCAUGAAGACCAGGUGGUCCACCUGAUCUGGUUCACCUGGGAACACAUGCAGGUAUAUGAGCCCAAACAUUUCAUCUGUACCUGUAAAUGUAAAUAUUACUUUCAGUAAAGGAACAUACCAUCAGGAAUCUCUACAGAGAUGCUUUCCACCCCCCUCUUUACUGUUCGUGGCCGGGUCUGCUCCGAGGGGGAGGACACCCACUCAUCCUGCAAUCCUAUCGGCUGAUACUGCAUUAUCAGCUACGACAGGAACCGAGGAAUGACAGAAAAGAAGCUUGUUAAAAGGACAUACACCACCACUCUGUGGCUCUGUUGUGUAUAUAUGUUUCCAUUUGCAUAAUGAUUUCUUAAGAAGAGGCUUUACUUUGGGAUUGUGAAGGAUGACGGUCUCUCCAGUGGGAAAUUCCAGUUUUCUCUUCCAUUCGUCUAAGGUCACUGCAAUCAUGUAGGCAUCCUAAAAAGUUGUGGCAUUAAUGGGAAAGGUACCAAAGACCGACAGAUAAGGAGAGAGUAACAGAAAAAUAUUAAAUACAAGGACGAGGGUGAAAUGAUAGGAUGUAUUUAUAAGCAGUAUGACGGUAAGGCUUUAGUCUUGGCCUACCUCCAGACGUUGGCUGAAGUCCUCAGGAUAUGGUAAGAACCUGGUGUCUUUGUCUCCUUUAUAGAACCAAGUGCAGCGCCGAACUUCAGUGGGAGCCUGCUCCCAAUACACAGCAUGCCGCCUCCUCUCCUUGACAUGUACAUCAUAGCGCUCUCCUUCCACAGCUACCACCACCUCCUCUUCCUUUUUCCCUAAUGUACAAACACACAUAUAAAGAUCUCAGAACACAUAUACGAAUCUCACAACAAUAAUCGAGGCUUUGUGUGAAAAAAGAAACUGGUGAUUGUAACGCCUGUGGUAACUGUCUUCCUUUCACACUGAUAAAAACUUGACGACUUUGUUAAUUGUACUUUUAUCGAAUCUGUAUUAUCAUUUUGCUUGGUGUCUUGAUUUGGGAACUCGUCUUUAAAAAACAGGAACUAUCUGAAUGAGAUUGGGAAAUGGUCCAGCAGGCUAUUUGGAGAGUCACAGCUUAACCCAGAAUCCCUGUACAUCUGUCAGUAACGGAGGAGUAGAUUGGCUGCAUCUUACACAAUGACUCCCACCCAUUAAAACAGUGAGUUUCAGCUUCUCCCCUCUGGUUUAAAGAACCUUCCUGUAAAACCAAGUGAUAUAAAGACAAGUUUGUCCAAGCAGCCAUUCAUGAGAUCAAUAAGCCGCAGUGAUACCACACUGAUGCUGUAGAAACUAUUUCUGUACUAUCUAUUGAUUAUUUAUGGAUCGUUUUAUCUUGUUUUUACUGUUGGAAUGUUUUUAACUUGCUUUUAUUUACCAUGCUUUUAUUGAUUGACAACAUCUUUAUGUCUUCUCUGUUUUUACAGUACUCUACCUCUAAAAUUAGCUUACUUUAUCUUGUUUUUACCACAAGUUACCCUAUUAUUACUUUUGUUUGUCAUGUUUUCAUUCAAUAUUGUUAGUUUGUUCAUGUGCAAAUGAAGCUGACUCACUCAUUGUAAACCAAACCUAGCUCUAGGUAUUAAUAAAUGAACCUGAAACCUUGGACACACACAGAGAAUCUUUGUCUGGCUUAAAAUAAUAGCAUUAAUUUAAGGUUAGGCAAUAGGCUAGCAAGUGGACAGGCUCCUUGAUAAGUCACACAUUUGUUAUGGAGAUAUAAAUUAGGAGUCAAAUACUUCAGUUUCAAGUUUCAUAACUGACCCUGAGAACCAUGUUGUUGCCUAGCAGUUAUCAUUUCAUGUAAACAUCCUGGUUUAGGGUGUAUGUUAUCUUCAAUAGGAAGUGGAAAUUUGGUAUUUACAAGUAAGAGAGCAGCACAUACCCAUCUGCUUAAACACAAAAUGUCAUUCCUACAUAACAGAUUCCUACUUUCAAUCAUAAUGAUGCUUCCAAAGUGCGAACAUGACUUAGGCUCUUAGAAACAUGCGGUAUACUUACCCGUGUUGAAAGCAUCCUCUAAUUUGUCAGAGUCCUCUUUGCUAAAAGGGAGCCAGGAGGUGCUAUCCUCAGCCCGUCGACAGAAGAACCAGUGUGGCUGCACUUCUUGGUAAGGAGCGGGGACCGGAUCCAUGUCCAGCAUCUCAAAAGAGGAAGUGGAGCAAGGAGAGGUCUCAUCCACAACCGGAGACACCUGGUAAAUAGUAUGAUGACAGCAAUAUGAUCAAUAUUUCUUCUUCAUGUCAGCACUGCUCAGAUAAGAUAAACUCAAAGUCCUGCUCGCCACACUUGCACAACUGUUUUCCGAGACUAAUCUGCUGUUGAACCAAACAUUUUAAAAAAGAAAGUAAAUAUAGAAGUCUGAGCUAAGUCUGUGCCUGCAUAAUGGGUUUUACGAAGUACCUGACAAAGGAGAGGUGACUGUGACUGUGACUGGAAAGAAUCAGGCCUCCUUGUGGCCAGAGACACAAAGCCCUGUUGUAUUCUUUUGUCCUCCACAAGCUGUCUCUUGUCUGUCUCGACUGAACGUUCAGCUUGUCUUUCAAUGGUUCACUUACAUUCAGCUUGUAAACAACCAUUUUACAUUCAUGAUCACACCAACAUCAUAUCCAGUUGCCAUGUCAUUUGCAGUACAAUGCGCAUUCAGUUGAUAUACAUUUUUCCAUUACGUCUGAUCCUUUAUCAGGAUGAAAGUCAUGUCACCCAAAAUUUAACAAAUCUUUAGGAAAUGAUUCACAAUAUUACAUUCAGGUCCAUGCAUGCUUUACUUUACAGCUGACAGGUGGGCACACAGCGACUCUAGCUGCCAAGAACAUGCUGGUUUUAUUGUCUCUUCAUGACUCUUGCAGUGUCAUAAAUUGAAGACAUAUGUGUAUACCCUGAAGAGGGACAGUAUGUGACUUUCAUUAUGCCCUCUCCCAAAGCCCACACUGUCAACUAUGCCCCCUGUCAUUCAGUGUUGUAGAAGAAUGCAGCAGCUAUCUCUGAAUGCCUGAGGGUACGAGAGUACAAACUUAGAGCUUAUUUUACAGUUCAUGAGAUUUACCAGAUAGCAAAUAGAUUAAUAUGGUCUUCGACUGAGUUUUUAAAGUAAUAUGUUGAAAGUGAACCUAGAAUUUCAGCUACAAUAGAACUAAUGUGAUGUCGUUUCUUAAUACUGACACAGCCUUGAAACUGUGCAAUGAGUCAUGAUUUGUUAUACAGGAUCAGUUUACUUCAGUCCAACUUUAUCCAGUUGCUUAAAACCUUUAGAGUUUUCCUAAUCACAGAUCAGCCUGGUCAAAGACUGAAAAUAAACUUCAUUGAAGAUGACAUGUUGAAACUCUAUUUCAAUCAAACGCUGACCGAUGAGAAAUAUCAAGGACUUUAUGUCCCUUUAUGGGGACUGAACACUAAAAAUGAUAACUCAGAGGUCACAUGGACAUUUUGAAUUUCUUAAAUGCCAAUAUGUGUGGAAAUGUACAGUGUUGUAUUUAAGUCUAUUGUUGUUUGUUUUAAAGCAUAGCAGAAGCUGUUCUUAAUCUGAGUUUGACAACACAAUCUUCAAGUUAAAUUCAACACUAACAAUAAAACCACACAAAAUAUCCAAAGUAAAUAAAAGAUGAAUUUAACAGUUGACACCAAUACCAAAAACAAAACAUACAGUACACAAGCUCAAUUUGAAUCUAUAAUAAGCUGAAAGAUCAAUUUUAACAUAGAAAACCCAUAACCAUAGUACCACAUUUAAGAGUUAUUAUAAAUAACAACAACAAAAAAUGCAGAUAAUGUUUUUAAGAGAUUUUUGAAGCAGUAGAGGGUAUAAUAAUAAUCUUAGUGAUUUUAAAAGCAAACUAAAAACGUACCUUUAUAGUCUUGUUUUCAACUAAAUUUUAUAUCAUAACUCUGUUUAAGUGUUUUAGCAUUUAUCUAUUCUAGUUUUAAUGACAGGAUCGUCCUUUAUUGAGCUAUUUUGCUGCUCUUAUUUUAGUAUCUUUUACUGUUGUUUUUAUUUCAUUUUAUUUACUAUUUCUUAAAUUUCACUCUUUGUUUCUUUGUUUUUAGAUUUUAACAUAAACCUCCAAUGUUUCCUUAUCUUGAGUUUUAUAAUGACGUUUUCUCAGUGCGCAUAUUCUUCUUUCCAUGAAAUCAAGCCUUUUUUAAGUUCAUGCAUUUCAAUACUGUUUUUGUUGCAUUAAGAGCGUGGGGUGGGAAUGAGGGGUUGGGCUGGGGUAGAUUUGAUUAUUCUUUGUUUCUUUUAUUCCUUUUUCUGUGUAAAGCACUUUGUGUUACACGUUAUGUAUGAAAAGUGCUAUAUAAAUAAAGACUUGAUUAAUUGACUGAUUGAUAAUGUUUGGUUAAAAAUUGCUUCAUACCAAUUUGUGUUACCACCUACUUUAACUUUACAGCAAACCGACUCUAGUUUCAUUCAGUCCUAUCUGCAAUCUGGUGAUCAUAAAGGGUAGUGCUACUUAAAAACCAACACAGUCAGACCAGUAACAACAAAAUCACACAUGCCCCUAACCUGUUCCACAGUUUCUCCCCCUGUGGCUGAGCUCUGUGAAGGAUUGUCAAACAGGUCUUGGUUUCUGACGUUUGGGGCAGCCUCAGAUAGACCCCCCUCUUCACCAGGACUGCGUGACAUUAGUCCAGGACCUGACCCCAACCCUCAGCUCUGACCUGAGGGGAGGGGGGCGUGGAAGGUCACAACAACACGGACCCUGUAACCGCACAGCUGCAUGGAGAGAAGCAAAAAUCAGAUAAUCAGAUGUCAUACAACAAGCUCAGUCCCCUGUACCUCUUUGUUGAAUCGUUGUGGGCGUGUAUGAGAGCAGCGUGGUGGACAGAUAACAAGCUGUAAUCCCAGAUCUGGAGGUUUAAGGCCAGCUGUCCCUUUACCUGCUGCUCAGUAAAGUUUAACGUUAUUGUAAAUGUAAAGAGUCACACAUCAUAUUAGCAAAGUCACCUACCUACCUAGUAAUGCACCUCCCUAUCUCAACCAAAACACGCUAAAGCAAACUCUGGUCUGUAGCGUCAGUGGUGUCUGUAGAAAUGCACAAACAGACUGCUGUUGAGGUAAGUUCGAGUCUGUGCUAACAGCUGAGUUAUGACGGCUUAAAGGGAGUGAAGGGUCAAUGUCUCCGUUUUCACAUCCUGUUUACACAUUGGACUUGAGAGGAAAAACGAAACAGACAGUCGUUAUCUUCGACUCACCCACAAUUUCACAUCGUGUACAGUCGGUGCUGAGUCCGUGUGUCCGUUGUUUAGCUCGAGCUUGCUAGCUACGUUAGCAAAGGGCAACCUCCUGUCAAACGCUGCCUAGUUACCGUGUCCUCGGAGAUAUUCCCUUUAAGAAUGUAACAUUUACCAAAAACUACCCUGCGGUCUUUUUAGUUAAUAAAUUUAAAGAAAAGUCAACAACUAAAUCAUAUGUAGACGUUCUCAUGAAUAACAAGUUUAAGAAGAGAGUCGACAACGAGGUUAAAGCAGAGAAGAUAUUUUCAAUAAAAGUAUAAAGUCAAAACAAAUUCAAAACCCUGAAAUUCUGUCAAAGUAUAAAGUUAAUUCGUUCUGUUGUUUCAAAAGUCAGAAAAAAGUCCCCGGAAAUAUGUCGUUGCGUAGGAAAACGGAAACGUUAUAUGUAAAAUUAAAAUGUACGAGGAGCACUUGAAGGCAUCAUGAAACAUCACAAGGACACCACCCCUUUAACCAUAAUAACGUUACAAAAACAGUUUUAUUUCAAGUUUUAAGCAACAGAAAGUCUUUAAACGAAAAAAAUAUAUACAUAUUUGGACUAGAUUUGGACCAGAGACAGUAGCUUCUUUUAAAUCGAAUUUAAAAACUCACUUUUCCAGACUUGCUUUUAUGUGAUGCCAUCUUUUAUAUCUCUUAUAUCUUUUACCUCUAUCUUAUUUCGACUUAACUAUCCUUUUAGCCUUUGUUUUACUUAUAAUCUUCUUAUUUUACCUUUAGGUCCUUUAUUGAUUUUAUUCUUUUUCCUGCUCAUUUUUAUCAUUCCAUUUUAUCAUUAAUAUUACCAUCAUUAUUAUUUUAUUAUCAUUAUCAAUAUCCUCUUUUAUAUUUACUAUUCUGUUUCCUGCUUUCUGCCCCCCUUUUCUAUUUCAUUUCUCCUUCUUACCUAUUUUAUGUUUUUAUUUUGGUCCUCAUGGUCUCAUUUUAUGUUGUAGGGUUCUUGUAUUGCCUUGGGUUUCUUAUGAAAAAUGAAAUUGGCCUUCAGUUCGGAGGCCUUAUUUUUAACUGAGCUUUUGUUUUUAUUUGUUUUUAUUUUCAUGUGCUGAUGUUCUGUGCUUUGCAAAUGUUUGUCAAAGCACUUUGUAAACUUCUGUUUUUAAAACUGCUAUAAAGAUGAAGUUAUUAUUAUUAUAUUAUCAGAUAAUUUAUAUAUUUUUCCUAAAAAACAGUUUUGAGAAGAAAUUACUUCCCCCCCAAACGGUAUGAUACAAAUUUUCGGGAGUUGUUGAUGUUAUAUCUCAUUGAUCUACUCAAUUCUCACCCAACAACUACAGGGAUAAUUUGGUGACUAUGCUAUUGGUGCGUCCUUGAUAUUCCUGUCUUUCUGCUAGAGGUAGCUGCAGUGUGUCCUAACAAACUGCAGAUCUUAGAUGAAACUAACUAACAUGUCCUCACACCCAAGCAGUGCUGAUAGAGGCACCUGCACAGCCAAACCCAGAGGCCUUAAUGCUGGCUUUGACCUGAAAUAUGCACCAUGGUAUGAGUAAAAUGUUCAUGUAGUAGGUGUAGGCACCUUAAAAAUGAAUGAUCGACCACAUCACAAGUUAGACACACCCAUUUGUGGCAGGUGAACUGUCUCAUCAGUGUUGUAUUUCUAGUAAACUGCUGUCAUUAUCAUGAGUAAACACCACAGUUGACCGAGAACUUCCUUAAUUUUAAGAUCAGUAAAGUAAGUGUGGUUUUAUAAGUUGCUUACAACCACUUCUGUUUUCUUUAUAACAUGUACAAACAAUGUCACAAAAUUAACAUUAUAUAUAACCUGUAAUACUUUAUGUUAAAAGCAGCGAGUAAUUCCCACCUCUCCUCCAGGGCUUGUUCAGGGAGGGAGGGAGGGAGGGGAGGGAGGAGUGAAUCCUGCUACAGGAGGAAGAGUUGGUGGAGCUAAAAUGCAUAGACACACCCAGUCCAACAAAGUGUGAGAGACAUGCAGAGUAAUAAGCCCGUGUGGAGCAAUAAGAGGGUGUGGCUUUUGAAGUCAGGGAGAACAGAUAAGCAGAGUUUUCCUUGUAAAGAGGGGCAGCAGUCACAGUCCUGAACAGAGAGUCGUUUUUACUUUCACUCUGCUGGGCUCUGAAACAAUCCAGCUGCACAUUUCCUCACACUCCCUCUCUGGUGCAGUCUUACAACAUUUUGACGCCAGACUCUGAGGGGACUACCAGCACAAAGAAGUGAAAAACAGAGGAGGACAGCUGGAGAGAAAACUUCACCACACAGCCAUGAAGGACAAAGUGAGGAAGGGAGGAGGAAGAAAUCAGGCCAAGGCUGGUGAGAAAUCCCUGCUAUGUGUUAUUUCUUCUCCUCUCUGUGUGUCUCCCUUCUGGACUUUCUUCUUCCUUCUUUUUAUGCGCAGUGCCUCCCUCACCAGAGAAUGUGAGGAGGGUGGGAGAUUUAGCACAGCUUUGCUGCUCUGAACAUGGCUGGUGCUGUUUGCUGCUUUACGAAAGUUUUUGAUCACUUGGGAAGACUGCUCUACACUUUUAACUUGUGUUAGGGAUUAAUCUACACUUUUAAAUGAAAAAAUACCUGAAUGAACACGAUUUAUAGUUAAGAUCAUUCAGGAAUAAAGAUUCUCCAGAGUGAGUUUUCAAGACUUUUCAUUCAAAAUAUAAAAUCCCUGUCUAACUUUUCCACUGAAAACUAAAACAAGAAAACAACUCAAAAUUUGUUUCUCUGCUCCCAAGAGGGCCUCUCAACCUCUUUCAACCUUUGCCACUCCCCUUAAAUGUGACUGAAUGAUUGAAUAAAGGUAGAGUUCGUGCUUGCCCUGCAGUGGUUACACAGCCCCCCAAAAGAUGUGCAUCUAUGGGUGUAGCUUUGUGAUCUGCAGGUUUUGUCAGUUUGACGAGCUCUGAAGCGUUAGUUGAGAGUUGUCUUUGUCCUAUUUGAUAUACAGAGAAGGAAUCCUGCCAAAUCAGUGCCAAGAUAAACUUGUCAGGACUGAAACAAUGUUGAUGUCUUUGUAGUAAAGCAGCGUCAAUACAGAGGGAGCUGAUGCCUCCAAGGCUACAGAGAGGAGGAACCUUCAUCCAACCAAUUGAAAACAGAAGCUAUUUUUGGGUGCUUUCCAGUGGUAAAGUAGUCCCAGAUUGACAGCAAGAACUGGGGAAUCACUGCACAAUGAACUAUAGAAUUAGGACACGAGUGCAAAGUGAAUUCUCUGCUUUGCUGUCUAUGUGUUAAAAGUGUUGAAUAAAUUGAAAGUGUGUCCAUGCAUGCAGCAAGGCUCUGUUGCCUCACUAAAGGUUUGUUAGUUUAUGCGUUUAUCGUUAUGCUGUCUGCACAUGCCAGUGCUGGGUGUGGUUGUCCCUUCACCCUGAGAUGACAUGAAGGCCAGUAGGCAAAUUCAACAGGUUUAGUCACACUGCAGGUUGAGGAACACGCUGGGUCCUGCUCUCACUCACUUUGGUUCUGCUUGUACGUGUGUGUGAGUGUGUGUGUGUGAAAGGAAGACACACCCCAACUUUCCCUGUCUGUGACAUUUUCUUGUAGAAAUUCACUCUCACUCCCACCCUCAGGCAAUAACACACACAAACACGCAAACACUGACGCUUCAGUCAAGCUCAUGAUAAUUUCAUAGAACAAUACGUGAUGGAAUCUUAACACACAGAGUCACAACUGUGAUUCAUUCAUUCAUUCAUUCUUUUAUCCAGUGAUUCAUACAACAGUGCAAGUCUUUUCAGCGUUAGAGUGAGCUGGAAGAAUUCCCAGGACAUAAUGAGCAGAGGGCAGGAAAGGACUGAACUGUCUGCCGUUCUCCUGCAAAGCUUUGUAAUUAUCCUAACUUUGUUUCGUUUCUUUGAUAUCUCUUCCAAACAGACGUAAUUGGCCUGGCUGAUGGAAAAGAGGUUGCUGGUAUUAAGCAGGAAGACGACUCAUUGUUCUCUGUGAAGAUCCAGGGAGCAGGAGUGGAGGUUUUUGAGCUGCAGGUACUGAAACGUGACUGUUACAGCGCACACCUGAGAAAAGGAGGGCAAUUUUACUCAUAUGAUCAUCAACUUCUGUUUUCUUCCAUUUCUAAUUCUUGAUGUACAACCUGUUAUGUUUUAUGUCUUCUAGAGUGUUCAGCGUGAAUUGUAGUUUCUGUUCUCCAAGAAAAAAACAACUUCAUGAACUGUAUUUUGUACGUUAACAUUCAACACUUUAGUGGUACCGUUGUGUUAAACCGUGCAUAUCUGUAGGUCCAUGGAUUCUGGCUUGUGCAAGAUGCACUAAUGACUAUGCUUUCGAGGGAUGAGGUGUGUCCACGUUCCAACCUGUCACUCACACUCGCUGGAACAACUCUGGACCCCCUCGCAGAGAUGCAGAGCCUGAAAGGGCUCAAACCAGGAACCAUUCUUCGCCUGGUAGAAGGUAUGAGUCGUUUUCUUUUAAUCUCUCCAGGCCCCUGUGUUAAGAAUAUUCUGUCUAUGAUCACAUUUACAUCUAAAUAGUCAAAAUAGUUUAGUUUAUUUUAUUUGAUUCAUGACUUUCUAUGUCUCUUUUAUACAUGUCUAAUGAAUUAACUGGGACCUCUUUAGUUUCACUGGUAUGUUUGUUGACACUGCUGUAACCAUAUUUUGCAGUACUUACUGUUUUUUAGCAACAGCUUGUUAUGUUACGCUGCUUGAAUUUUUUUACAGUUAUCUCAGAAAUUUAUUUUCUAACAUGUGGUAAAAACAUAUAUAGAUAUAUUGUCAUCUCGAGAAAACAAAAGAGUAACCUCCAGAAUCAAUCAGAAGUUGCAACAGUUGUCUAGACACGUCUUUGCAUGCUGGUGUCACACUCCUGAUAAGUGGAUUAGUCGAUAUCAGUUUUUCAAAAUGUGGAUGCGGAUACCGGUUGUGGUUUCCCCAUAAUUGGUUAUUUGCCAUAACAAUACCAAAAUUUGAGAAACAAAAUUGCUCAAGUCAAGUGAGUAUUUUAUCAAAUAAACGUAGAAAGUUAAACAUUGCCACAUGGGACUUUUGGAUCUCUGCCCAGCUAUCCGAAAUUACUGAGAAAGAAUAGAAAUCACAAGAUAAACAUUUAUAUUAUUAUCAAAUUGCAUUAUUCUAGACAUCACAACAGAGUUUAUAUAAGUCAGCAGCUGUUUUCGAUUUGAUAUGCUGCCACUGGAAUGGGAUAACAAAAAAAAUGUUUUUUUAUUUGGGAAGAUGAUGGUCAAAUCAGUCAUGUGAGGGUCAAUGCUGAUACGAUGCCAAGAAUCAGUAAUCAGCCCGUCUAUCUCUACCCCUGAUCUCCCGGGAAACAUUGGAAUAAUUCAAUGUUUCGGCCCUUUGUUAUGAUGUGGUAACAGGUUUAUUAUCUCUUCAUUUCAAAAUUAGCUACGCUUGUUUUCACGAAAUACUGAAACAAAUCAUUUCCAAAAACAAUUUUCUAUGAAGGUUUUUCUCAGCUCCUGUAGUAAAAACUCAUCCUGCCAGUGAUAUUUUCAUACUUGUCACUUACUUACUCGCUUUCCCUUUCACACACAUCUAAGUUUCUCUCAGCUCAAUGUAAAUAGCUGACUCGCCUUUUCUGACAGGGUUUAUAUUCUCAGAGAUUACAACUGAGUGCCAACUAAUUAGUCAGUUUCUCACCUGCAAGAUGAUGAAGCACUAAAGCAAAGUAUCCUGCAGGCCAUCUUUUAUUGUGUGCAUUAUUUACCCUAUUAGUGCUGUAUCUCAAGAAUAUACGGCAGCAUUGACUAAUACUCAGUGUGCUGUCAAUAAUAAUAGGUAAUAACAAUAUUACCAUAACAUAUUAAAGUCAUGGUGCUUUGUAUUGAGGUUGUUUGGACCAUGUUGUGAGUAUUUGCUGUCUCAUUGAGGUCAGUAUAACCUUUAUGAUCAUGCUGUGUCUCACCAGAACCUUACACCUACCGCUCAGCCCGCCUCCAUCUGGCUCGUGUGCUGGACCUGCUGAGAGUAUCAGGACCUCAGGAUGCACUGAGAGAAGGGCGCUCACCCAGCGUGCUAGAGACACUUACACACACACAAACAGCAGGUACGCACACAUGCUGUCCGCUCAGACAAAUAUCCAACAUUAAAGGUCACGCUCAUCCUGAAUGUGAUUUUUCUUUCAGACUCGAACUUACCCAAUGGAAAGAGCCUAAAACGCUCCUUAAGCAACACAAAAACAGAAACAACACCCAGUCAAGAUGGAGUUCCCCCUGAGUACCUCCUACCUGGUUCCUCAGAAAGACCUCUCAUGGCUCUGCUACCACAGAGCUCCCAAAUAGAGGUAAACACAUACCUGGAAUCUUCACUAUUGUUUUGCAUGUAGACACUGACUACACACUGACUAUCUUUCUUUGAAAAUGUCUCCCAGGCCCCCAGCUACCUUAGGGACUUAUCUCUCAGCAGUUGGAACCCCCCACCAGGACACAGGAAGCUGCAAGGAGACUUCCUAUACAUCACUGUGGUAACCUUGGAGGGACGGCGGUUUGACAUCACAUCCUGUCCAAAAGGUUUCUUCCUCAACAGGUAAAGAAAUAACAACAUUUAAUCUCUAUGUUGACUAAAUUGUGCUUUGUUCUGUACAAUAACAGAGUACAAAUAUUGAUUUUAUCGUCUUCUUUUCCUUUUUACUGUUUAUUCUCAGGUCUACUGAAGAAGUGUUUGACCCUCGUCCUGCACAGUCUGCCCCACUUUGUCACUGUUUCACUGACCUUCUCUGUCACAUCAGCCCUGCUUUCAAACAAACUUUUACCACACGCAAAAACGGGUAACAUCUUCACCUCGAUAACACCCUGACCUUUAUUUUCAACUAUUAAGAAAGCAGAAACUCGACAGUUUUCAUGUGCAUGCAUAGCUGACUGUUCUCUUUCCUCCUUCAAGGCUUCAGUCACCUGCAGUUGAAGUGAUGCCCACUCCUUACCACACACUUUGUUGGCUUGGGCCCCCCUGUGUCUCCCGCACUCACAAAAACACCUUCAGCAGGCUUGGAGUGGAUGAUCAGCAGGCCACACAGGUUAUUUACUUCACACGACACAAUAAAACUUAUUGUUUCUGUUUGAUUGACGUGCUGUUGGCUGUAACAUGAUGUGUAAUUAUGUUUGUUAUGUUUAGGCUCCAGAUUGGAAUGAGGAGUUGCAGGCAGCCAGAGAUCUUCCAGUGAACAGUCUUGAGGAGCGGCUGCACAAAGACAGAGCCCUACUUCAGGUUAACCAAGAAAAAAAAAUAUAUGAAUAUAAUGUAAAUGAUAAAACAAAGAGAACAGUCUAGACCUGCCCUUUUUGUGAAACAUCUUGAGAUAUAGCUCUGUCAAAUUCAGCUACAUUUGGACAGGAGGCUCUCAUCACCUGCUCUCUCUCUCUUUCUGUUGUCCUCACACCUGCUGUGCUUGUUUCCUCAGGUCAACAGUGCUUUUGUCAGAGCCGCUACACGAGGCGCAGAGACUGUUGUCGACGGCUUUGUGGAGCCAGUGAAUGGAAACCAGGAGGAUCCGGCUUUCCUGUGGGGGGGUCUCUUCAUGAACCAGGGGGCGGCAAAUGCAAUGUUCGGGGGUGAAAAGGGCCGCAGGUGAGGGCAAAGUGCAAGUUUAAUAACAGGAACCCUACAGGAGUAAUGCAAUUUUCCUUUAAUUUGGGCUGUUAAAGGGAUAUUCCGGCGUAAAAUUAAUUUAGGGUCAAACACACUGUAACACUAAGUUAGACACCCCUUCGAAAGAUGAAUGUUGCCGACCGCUUGCUAUUCUAGUUAUACCAACUUUAGUAAGGACCGCAGGAUAGCAAUAUACAGCUGUCUGAGGAGCCAUAAAGAAACCUCAACCUCAGACCGAGACGCUAAGGCAGAAGAACUACCACGUCUACACUGCAAAAUGAUUAAUAUAAUGACUCUUACUUCAAGGGAAUGAUAAAGAAAUGAUCAUAAAUGUUCUUCCUUGAGCUGCGUCUUUGUCCAAUAGUUACGGGUCAGGCACAGAUUGUUUAUUUCACUUUCAAUAUGCAGGGCUGCUCAGAGGCUGGAGCUGAGAGGAGUACAGGCCUACAGUGACGUUUCAAGGCUGCAUGGACUACACACUUUGCCUACAGCUGUUGUAGACUACAGAGGAGUGCGUCUGACUGCUCAGGGUCUGGCUCCUGGUUUGGAGAGUUCAGAGCAGGACCAGGAGGGUACUCCAGCUGCGAGGUACACCCCUGGAAAAAUGACACACCAGUGAACAGCAGUAUUUGCAUUAUCACACUGUUUGAUUAUCCUCCUCAUCCCCCACAGAGGUUUGCUGUAUGGGGUAAAUUCGCAAGCCCAGGAGUCGCUCCAGCGCAGACGGCUGUUAGAGCAACUGGCUUACGCCUCAAAGUCUCUUUCCCUCCAGAGACAUGUUGUUUUGUUGCCAAACAACCAUAAGGUACCGUUGUUCACCUCAGUGGAUGCCCAAGGACUGCUGGGGGCUGAUGGGAGGUACUACGUACUGGAUGUGUUUAGGACCUUCCCUGCAGAUGCCAACUUCUGUCCUGAGGUGGAGACUGGAAGCCAGACAGUCAAUGGAGCGGAGGAGAGCGAUAAAAGCUGUGAAGAGGCGGAGGAGAAGAAAAGUUGUGAAAAGGAGGUUUGGCCAGAGAAUUAUCACUCAGACUAUGGGCUUCCAAAGAGUUUUCCUCAUGCACUCUGCAGACUGAGACCCGAGCUGGUACAGGCUUUCAUCCAGCAUAAGUGAGUUCAUCAAGAAAUGCAACAUUUUUCAUUCAAGUUUUUCAGUUUUCAGAAAGUUUAAGCUUUUGUUUUGCUCCUUUUAGACAUUCCCAGUUCACUCAGCAUGUCAAGGAGAUACUGGAUGAGAACGGGGGAUUUGAAGAGUGUGCAACAGCUCGUAAGAAGCUUUCACAAGACUUGAAUUAAAGGUCUUGGAGUCAUUGUCAAAUAUACAGUGUUUAACAAAUGUGUUUUUUCUUGCAGGUGACUCUCGAUCCACUCAGGCAGUACGAGCUGCUUGUAAAAAAGUAGGCUCUGUCAGCGACAUCAUUUUUGAGAUGCGGCUCAACCCAAAUGUCUUCUCUCCAGGUACCAUGAGAAACUACACAAACACAAACACAUACACGCAUAUACAUACAGUAACGUAUUUUCAAGACCUCAGUAUGACAGGCGUUCAUAUGUUUUGUUUUUUUUAGGGGUUAACUUCCCUGCUUCUGAAAGUGAGUCAACAAAGCUGCAGGAGAGGUUACUGAGGGAAGCUGCUGUUGUCAUCAUCACACACCAGAUACCAGUGUUUGUAAGAGGAUCCACUGUUUACAUACUAUAACAAACACAUGACCUACUGCAAACAUGGAACGAGCUCAGCUAACGCAUGUCUGUGUGUGGAUGUUUAUGCAGGUCGAGUAUUGCCUACAAAGCAACGAGGCACCAAUGGAUGGAGCUUCCCUUAAACAAGCACUCCACCAGAGAGGCAUCAACCUGCGUUACCUGGGUCAUGUGAUCAAGGCCAUCAGCCAGUCUGAACACAAAGAGCGCCUCAGGCAUAUACUGGUGUGUUUGAUUUGUUACUCGGUUGAACUGAAAAUGGUCCAGAUUAUGUAAUUACUCUCCAGUUUAUGCUUUCUAACAUUCCUCAUUCUGUCUCAACCAGAGAUUGGUUGUAGGUGAAAUGUUCAUCCGCUCAACGAAAAGAGUGUUCAGCAAUUUCCUCCAGGUAAUUUUCACUUUUUAAAAAAAAAAAAAACAGCAGGUGUCUACUCUAGAAAGAAUGAGCUUCAGCCUCUGGUUAUGUCUCUGCAGGGUGUGGACAUGCCGAGCCUCUCUGCAGCUGUCAGUCACUUCCUCUGCUGCCUAUUGGUUCCCCACUUCACGCCUUCACCUGUGGGAGAAGAGACCAAAAAGAAGUCGAGGCGGCGUGGCCGAGGGGCUGGGGCGUCUGAGACUACACCCUGGAGCACGCUCACCGGGGCCGAGUUGUGGAACCUGGUCUGCCAGGACGCUAAUGAAACAUACAGCAUUGCUGAUGUCCUGGGGUGAGGACGGAGUGUGUUUGUUCAUGGCGUUAGUUUGGUUUAAGCCACAGGGUCUUUGUUGUAUCUUGUUUUAGUGUCAAAGAGAAGUACAGCUAUUUCCUCCUCAAAACCUAGUACACAAUAUUUAUACUCUAACUGGUUUCAAUGUUACAACAAGUCUGGAGAUAAUGCUCUGGCCUCCAAGUUGCAGUGCCCUUGCGUGAAACAGUGAAAGCUGUGUCAAUAAACUUUCUGUGUAUGUUUAUUUAUUGGUCAAAAUUUAAAUUGUUUAUUUUUUUUUUUUAGCUCUGGUCCAAACCACCUGGUGGAACACUACGGCCUUCAGAAGAUCUCCUUGCUUCGAGAAUUCUGUCUGAAGACUGGAGUGCAGGUAACAGACAUCAGAAAUAUGAUUUUAUUGUGUCCAAAAUCUCCAAAGAAGUUAAACUGAAACACAAAUUCACUCGUCAUGUUUUGAUUUUAACUGGUUUUAUUUCAAUAUCACAUGAGAUAAAUACCUUGAGAUACAGCAGAACAACAGAAAGUGUAUUUCUUUGUCUACACUAGUUACGGCUGAGAGACUAUUUCCUGGACAACCAAAGCAAAGCUCCCAUCGGUCCAGAUGACAUUCUCAACAUCUUCCCUGUUGUCAAGCACGUUCAAAUGCAAACUGUGGAUGCUUCAGCAGCACAUCGUGCAGCCCUGACCUCCAUCCAGAAAGGUUGGUGAAAACCCAAUCUGUUAUUUAAAAUGUUAUAUGUGAGGUUUGAACAGUCGGUCUAACUAGUCUGUGAUUAACUGCAGGUCACCUGGAUCAGGCACAUGGGCACCUAAAAGAAGCUGUGUACCUGUUUGGCAGAGUGUGUGAUAACCUGCACCCUGAAGCCUGUCACUGCCACAGCAUGCUUGCCAAAGUGACCUACCUGCAGGGGAAGCCAGCAGAGGUAGGCUGCCUGAUUCAUAAGUUUAUAUAGAUUUUUUUGCAGCAAGGACAUGGCUUUUCCUUUCAUUUAGUAUGGGAGUCUAGAUUGGAUUACUUCUAGUGUUCUGUGUUUCUAUGCUUGUUAAAUGAGUACAGUGCAUUUUAAGUACAAAUGAAGAUUUUUUUUUUUACUUUGUUACACCUAUUAAACAACUUUCCUACAGAACUUGUGCAUGAAACACUUUUUAUUUUAUAGAGCAUAGCACACAGAUACUUUCAUAUUAAUCAUCUCAGUAUCUUGUUUUCUUUCAUUCUUUCAAUGUUCCUCCACAACAAAAUAUUUUUUUUCUCCAUAUCUGUACCAAAUUUCAGUUUACUUACCCACUGAGCUUUUUUUUUGGUCUAAAAGUGGUCUAAUAAAUGUCUAAAUGUAGCCUAGACAACUGGUCUGAAAUCAGGCUACCACAGGUCUAAAGAUGAAAGGUUUUUAGACGUGUUAAUUUAGACCAAGUUUAGAACAAGUCUAAAUCUGAGCUAUAUCUAUACUACACUGUAUAUUGUUCAACAGCUAUCAAAAUUAUUUUUGUUAAGUACUUGGUGAUUAGUUAUGCAACUCACAGUUGCCUUUUGAAAUAAAUAGUUAUCGAAUAAUGGGUUAAAGUGCAACGUCUUAAUUCCGUCUAAAAAUAUACAGAAUCUAGACUUGAAAUUAGGUCUAAAAGAAAAAACUAGACGUCUAAUAGCUGUUUAUCGCUCAGUGGGAAGUAAAAUAAAAACUUGGGUUACAAUACCGAUCCCUGAGAUACACAGCAGGUUACGCUGACUUGACUUUCUCUGCUUUCAAGGCUCGCAGCCUCCAGCUGACAGCAGUGGUCAUCAGUGAGAGAGUUCUUGGGUUUGACCAUCCAAACACAAUCCAGCAAUAUGUGAGUAAAUCUGCACAUUCUGAUUCUCAUUCAACUGGGAGUGAAUUGUUUAGUGCCAUCAAAAGCCUCGCUGGCUGUGGAGAUUUGAACUGUGUGCACUCGUGUAUUUUGGGUCAUGUGCGUAAAUUGUAACUAUUAUAAUUUAAAUCUUACACCUAGGCCCUCUUGGCUGUGUACAUGUUUGCUGGCGGGGAGACCACCCUGGCCCAAAAGUGUCUCCUCAGAGCUCGUCUGAUGAUGCUGACAGUCUUUGGAGAGGACCACCCAUACACCGCAACACUGGAUGUAGGUCACAACACUUAAACACCAAGAAAGAAAAAUUAAACAAAAUAUUUCAAUUAUGUAAAAUGCUUUUUUGUCAUUACUUUGCUGCAGAGCUGUCUUGGUUUGGUGCUGACUGGGGAUCAGUCUGGACAGUUCCUAAACAAUGCCCUCAGGCUCAACACUUCCUUCUUCGGCCCCACAAACUUUCACACAGCUCUCAGGUGAGGGACUUUGACUCGUGUUUGUUUUUGGAUGACUUUCUAUGAACCAGUUUGUCCCCAUUUCUCCAACACCCUAACCUUUUUGUUCCUACUCCCUGCUUUUGCAGUCAGCACCUGCUGGCUCAGAGGAUGUGCAGUAAAGGAGACUACAGAAGUGCCAUGACGCAUGAAAAAGAGGCUCUCGCUGCUUUCACCUCCUUGGUCAGUAUAUACGCUUUUGAUAAAAAGAGGUAUGUGGAUUGGUAGUGAGUGGAUGCCAUCUCAUGGUUAUGUUUUUUCUCAGUUUGGGGAAGAUCACACUCAAACGUGCAGCAGCAAAGAGUUUCUGUCCACAAUAACCAAGCAGGCGGUGAAGGUGGAGCGCUCUCUCAGACAGGCUGGAGCUGACUGCACGGAGCAAGCAGUGGAGGUUUGUCCAAGAGGUCAUUAAGUCUGUGAUAAAAACAUUUAACCUUCACAAAAACAGAUGUUUUUAUUAGUCUUUCUGCUUUCUCAACAGUGUAUUACUCCCUCAUCUGAAACGGUGCUGGAACAGAUGGUUCUGGCGACAGGGAUCAGGAAAAUUGCACAAAGGUAUAUGUGCAUAUCUGUAUUUUGCUUUAAGUUUGUUGAAGUUGACACUAAAACAUGCAUGAAAGCUGUUAAGGUGACUCUGUAAAGAUUUUUAAGCAUAUUUUGUAGGUCUUACUGAUGCAUAUUGUUCCCCUAGAGUUUAGGGAUACACCAUCAACCAUCCUAUUGUUUCCCACAUGAUUUUACUAUUCAAAGAUACUGUUUGUAUUUUCAAGCAAAUGAAAGGAGCUAGUAAAAUCUGGGUUUAGGAGAAUUUCAAAUCAAUUUGCAAAUAACUAAAAGAAAUCUCAAAUCCUCUUUUCACAGUGACAGAUACCAAGAAUACAGGCAGAAACACCGGGAGCUUAAGGCAGCCGUGGCAAAGGAGCUGGGAUUUGAUCUAGAGGCAAAGCAGCUCUUCUCUUUGGAGAGUCUGAGCUGGGCAGACAAAAGCCCAGACCAAGAAACAGGAAGCGGCGAGAAAGCUGAGGAAAAAGGAAGUCCAGCCAGCGAGAGCCAAGAGGAGCAGAGAGUGGAGGGGACUUCAGCAGAGAGCGCUGAUGUAGUUUCAUCCAACGGUCAAGCAGAGGAGCAAGCUGAACAAAUGCAGCAAAUAGAAGUAGGAGAAGCAGAAGAAAAGAGUGACAGUGCCUCUCCAGAUGCUGAGGUCCAAGAGGUUAACACAGGGUCAGAGGUCGAGGCUACAGAAGCAGAAGUCAAUGGAGAAAACAGCUGCACUACCAACGGGGAGAUAAUAUCUGAGGCAACAGCUGAUGAGAUAAAGUCAGAAGAGGUAACUGGUGAAAUCAACGGAGCGGAAGACAUCCCAGUGAGCCCAUCAGUCUCAGUGAGUAAAGGAACCUGGGCAGAUGUUGUUUCGAAAGCACCUGUGGCCAACGGAAAAGCAGAAAAAGAGCUGGCAGUCAACGGAGUCGCAGAUGGUGUCACUGCAAACGGAGCAGCCGAGGAGUGAAAACAUCAAACAAGUUAUCAGUGUUGUAGUCGAGUUUUUAUAAGUCACUGCUGUAAGGUAAAACUCUCCCAGGAUCUGAGAUGUAAUUUGAUAAAUUGAUCAUGAAGCAAAGCAGGAGAUGACAGUCAGAUGAUGAGUAUUAUGGUGUCUGAGAUGUUAUUGUUGAUUCUGGGAGAGGGCUGUACUGAUGAGUUUUUUUUUUUCAACAAUAAACUUUUUACUCUGGUUUACAA